CCUGGGCUGGGAUGAGAGCAAAUCACAGCACUCAACAGACUUAGAGGAUUUAGCUUUAAGUUAUCAUGUGCACACAGCUCUGACUGGCCUGGAGAGAGAGCACUAAUCCUGCACUUAUCCAGGUCGCCUUAGACAUAUAGAGGAAGCACACAGGCUGAUAGCUGAUUGAGGCAGACUUUUCUUUUUUAACUGGAAGAGAAGAGAAAGGCUUGGAAGAAAGGGAAGAGCAUGGCAGAGACCACAGGAGAGCAGGUUGCAAGGGGAGACACAGAGCUGAAUGGUGGUGAGGCUGCUGAAGGUGUGCAAGAAGUCAGCACCCCAGCUACAGGGGAAGCCAGUGCAGAAGGUGAUAAAGAAUUAGGGGAGAAGGGAGAAGUGGGAGAGGAUGUCCCCGACACAAAGGGUAGUGGGGAGACUCCAGCAGAAGUAGAAGAACCUCAUCCAGAAGGGGAGGAAAGCGUGGAGUUGGAUCCCAAAGUGGUGGAAGGUGCAGAGGAACAGCUGUUAACCCCUGGGGUGGCAGAUGAGGGGGAAGGAGGUGUAGAGGAGGUAUCUGAGCCUGGAAAGGAUGAAAGACUUCCAGAACACCAAAUCAAGGAGCAGGAAGGAAGUGGAGGUCAGGAGGGUGAAGCUUCUUCCCCUGGGCCAGAGGGUGAGGCCACUGAUGGUGACCAGAAGGAGAAUGGUGCAGAGUUAAAGGAGGAUGAAAAUGUUUUAAGUAGUGAGAGUAGCAGUGAAGGGAUGUCCAGCAGUGAUGAGGAAGAGGAAGAACAAGCUGAGAUUAAAGGAGAAGAAAAAGAAGGUAAGGUGGAGGGUAGUGAGGAAGUGGGUGGCAUGGGUGCAGAGGAAGGUGAGGUCUCACCUGGUGGUGAAGAGGGAGAAGAGGCAGGGGAUGAAGGAAUGGAAGAAACAGUGGAUAUUAAAGGAAGGGAAGGUGAAACAAUGGAAGAAGAGCAGAACACAGAGGUUAACCAGGGUGAAGGGGAAACUGAGUCAGGAGGAGGCACAGAGGGAGGACAAAGCAUGGUAGAGGAGAACAGCGUAGAGUUGGAGGUUGCUACAGAGGAUUCAGAACAUGUGGGAGAUUGCACUCAGGAAGGACACGAGGAACCUCCUGGAGAAGGUGGGACUGCAGAAGGUGCCCCUGCCACAGACAGCACUGGGCUAACAGAAGAGAGUACAGAAAGGGAAGUGACCUAUGAAGAUGCUCCUGUAGACCUUCCUGUAACAACUGAAGAAACCCCACCAGAGAUUCCAGAAUCUGGCAUCACCUUGGAAACAGAUCAGCAGAUAUGUCCAGAGACCCCUGGAGAAGAAGAGAUCAGAGAAAAUGGUGUAAGUCCUGUCACCAGUCCAGAGACACCGGUGGAGGCCUUGCAGGAGCAUGAAAUAUCUCUGUUUGUCAAGGUAAGACACAUCAUAAAAUAUGGUGAAUUUCAUUGUUGGGAUGGUGGGAAAUGAGAUGUACAAUGGACGGUUUGCAAUGCAAUGCCCAGCCUCCCCCUGUUAAAAUGGUUAAAUAAAAAAACUGGACAGGUGGUUUACUGACCAUAAAAUUAGAGAAGACAAAAUGAAGUUAAUAUAUUUAAGUAAAAUCCACCAGUUUGAAUAAGGUGGAAAAAAAUACCAAAAAAUAUACUUUAAAGCAUACAUAUAGCUGAAUGCAUUAAUAAGUCUGCAAGAAAACAACUUUUAAAAUGAUUAUAUGUAUGUUUAUAAACAUAAUUCAGAUUUUAUUUAGGUUCCUCCAUUUUGAUUUUUGUAAAAUAAUGCACUAACUAGCAUACACUUAUAUUAAAAAUGAUAAUGGGUAGCCGGUUGGGAUGUGCAACUAAAUAAUCGUUAAUGCCUUUAAUUUUUUUUUAAAUCAGUUUAACAGGUUGAGGUAAAAUGCAAGCUAAAUCAAAAGAGUUUACAUAGCUUUAGACUGUAAUCUGUCACAGUGUUAGUUUAUUUGCAAAUAUUAACUGCAAGUAUUGAUACGUAGCUUUAAGCUGAUAAUUUAAAAGAACAGGGAACCCAAAAAUAACAUAAAUCUGUAAAGGUAUAGUCAGGUGCCCAUAAAUUUAUUAGAAAGGGAAUAAUAAUUAAAAUUAUUUUCUGUUAUUUGCAGAGUAUUGUAGGGUAUUCUACAGAUAGCUUCUAUAUAGUUCUUGGCUCUGUCCCUUUCACUGAUGUUGGCGUUCCCACCAAUUUUGCACCCACAUGUCCGUCAUGUUGUCAAACGAUAAUAUAUACAGUAACUAAGGCUGGAACAGCGUAUUGGGAGUUGUAGUUCAACAACAGCAUGACUGCUACCAGAUGACCAGCCCUUCCUUACUUAACGUUUAAUACUGCUGUGUAUUGCUGAAAGUGUUUUUUGAUCACGUCAUAACUUCUUUGACCUUUUAUUUUCCUAAUCACACCAAAUAACUGCAAUGAUAACGUUGGUUUUUUUUAAUGUAUUUUGCUGAAAUAUAUCAAGAUUCUACCCUUGUUGGCUCUCCUAAGUUCCAAACAAAGCUUAAACAACAGAUUUUUCCAGUAUAACAAAAAAUGCAUUUUAAAGUAUGUCAAAAUAAAUCAAUGGUGUUCUGCUGUAAAAUCGAUCCACAAUGUAUGAUUUUUGCAAGUGCGUUAUAUAUUAUUGUCUACCGUUACUACAUUUUUAAAGGGGCAGUCUUGUGAUUUUCCAGAUUUCUCUCUAAAUAAAAUUAUAUAAUUAAAGGACAACUGCAACCAAUAAGGAUUUCUCUUUUUUUUUUAAUUUUUUUUUUUUUACGUUUAUGACAUUACAGAAGCGUAAAGAUAUUUUUUAGAUGUAUAUUGAUUUAUUUAUUUUUUUAAAGAAAAUUUCCCUUUUUUUUUCUGAGUGGGCAGCCAUGUUGGGUCUGGCACUACUAUUAUCGGACCAACUGCUGCUCCAACCUAACCUACCUACUGCGCCGAUUACGCUAUCUGAAACUGCGGCAGCAGGCAGGUUAGGUUGAGCAGCAGUUGGUCAGAUAACAGUAGUCUGACCCAACUUGGCUGCUCAGCCGAUAAAAAAAGGGAAAUUUUGACAUGAAAUUAAUAUACAUAAUUUAAAAAAUAUUGUUUAUUCUAAAUUUGGUGUACUCACCGUGAGAAGCAACGGAGUCAGCAGGUGCAUUGUAUGUGUAUUUACUAUGCUUUAACAAAGUUGCGCCACUAUGCAGGUCAAAACACUACGAUAAACUCUGCGCCAUUGACAGAUUCCAGGAAAUAUUGCAUUUGCAUUCAUGUUAAUCUAUUUGCAUUAUUGUUUUUAAGGGAUUUGUACAAAUACUUUUUUAUAUACCUGCUAACAUUGGGAGGUGUGAGUUCGGGACAAAUGGUCAGAUCUGAGAGGGACCAGUGGUACAAAUCCACAAAAUCAAGGCUGUUGGGGGGGCCCUUUUUUCAGGUGACACCACCACUUGAAGCAAGGGUUAAUCUGCCCUGUUGGGGUUAGUGAAACCUAAAGGCAGAGUUAACAGAUAGCUUUCCCUUGCACACUUUGAGAACACAUGAUAAAGGCUAAACAAACUUUAUGGCAAUUCAAGAUACUCUUAUCUGUCCUCAAACAUUGCUAUAAAAUGUGACACGGGCCUAGUUAUUUAACCUAAAUAUCCAGUAUUUGAAUUUUACAAAUGAUUUACACCUUAGAUAACUAAUAAAUCUCUGAGCUAACUAGCAAGUGUGUAGAUCGGGGUUAUUGGACUGGAUUAAAAAAUUUAAGAUAAACUAGACUGCCUCGGAAAAUAGCCAAGUUGAAAUUUUUUUUUUGCAAAUUGUAAAAUUUUCUUACAUUUUUAGAAAUAUAACAUUUCCCUAUUUAGCACAUAACACGGACUUGUUUAAGGUAAAAUACAUUUUCACAGUGCUUUUAUCUUUUUUUAUCGGGGGAACUGCUAAUCAAAGCAGCAUAACACGGCGGUAGAACGUUCCUGUUAGUGAAUUUAUGACACGAAUACGUGGUAGGGUUUAUUAGAGAUGAAAAGGGUGACAAAAGAUGGUUAAGGAGAUAAGAACAGAGACAAAUAUCAGUGGAAGGUAUGCUCUUAUGUACCUCCUGCAGAUAUUUUAAUUCAUCCCUCUACCAAUAACAAUAUUGCGGAAGAAGUGUUGAGGAGACAGAAACAGUGCAAUUCUGUCUUCCCAGCUCCUUUGUCAGUGUAGCAAACUCACCCCUUUAAGGGAGUUUUCCAUGAGUUUUUGGAGGGGGCUCCUUGCCCGCCUCCUGCCCUGUGACUAUGGCCCUGGGAUGUAUUGCCUUUAAGAAACAUAUUUGGGCAUAAUGGAUUUUUAUUGUGCUGCCGCUGGACCUUUAACUUCUAGGAAAAGGAUCUGUACUUUUAAGCCGGCACUUCGGAUGCAGCAGAAGUGCUGAAGUAGUCGAAGUGGCCGCCAUUCGAAAACCGAACACGUGGCGGCGGCCAUUUUAAUUCAUUCGAAUGUGGUCAGCAGUGUUUUGCCGUCACGUUCAUGGAACUAAAAUUGGCUACUCAGUCAGCGUAUAGCUAUUGGGAGGGUAGCUGAAUUAAUGGUGGAGGCUGCAAAUACUAGUUUCAGGCUGUGAGUGAAACUCCCCCUAUUCUAGGACAAAUGCAGAUACGAGUUUCCUGUUUGUUCUCUAAGAGUAAGAUAACCUUACCUUAAAGGGACAUUAGCGUGUUGGGAAUACAAACAUGUAUUACUAACACUAUAGUGUUCUUCUGUUUGCAAUAAAAAAUGUUUUACUCACCUAGUAUCCCUCACCCCUCCUACCCCCUGCCUCCCCAAUGCAGUUCUUUGAUCCUUGGCUGAGAUCAUCAACUCUGAUAAUCUCAGCCAAUCCAAUACUUUUUCUUAGGAAAGCAUUGGGAGACAACAAAAACAGAGAUCAUGUGAACUCUGACAAUGGGCAAAAGCUCAGGGAACCUCAGUAGCUUGUCCUUUGGUUAGUAUCCUCUCAGGUGGUUGUCAGGGUGUUAAAGCAGGGCACGACAAAUCCCUAGUAGCAGGUGGCCAUGGUUCUGGCAUCUGGGUGUCUGUCAGCACGUUCAGUCGAGGCGGGCGGCCGAGCUCGAUUGCUGAUUAGUGGUGCCGGGAUCUGGAAAAUGACAUCACUCCGGCCCCGGUAUCACUAAAUAAUGUGUGAGGGAGCAAAGCAAGAACAGCUUGAAGAUUACAGCAGCACACUGGACCCCAGGGUAAGGAUCCACUCCAGUUCUCCCAAAGGUAGGGAGGCUAGGUGGACUUAAAGUAAUAUGAAAUAAAUAAGAAUAGUUUGUGAGUGUAUGAGAAAAUGUGUGCGUGUCUGUCAGUAACUGUGUGUGUGUGUGUGUGUGUGCCUGUCAGUAUUAGUGUGUGCCUGUCAGUAUCAGUGUGUGUGUGUGUGUCUGUCAGUAUCAGUGUGUGUCUGUCAGUAUCAAUCUGUGUUAUCUGCCCUUCACUAUCAGUGUGUGUGUGUGUGUAUCUGUCUGUCAGUAUCAGUGUGCGUGUGUCUGUUAGUAUCAAUGUGUGUUGUCUGUCCUACAGUAUCAGUGUGUGUGUGUGUGUGUCUGUCAGUGAAUGUGUCUGUUUAGGUUACCGGCCACCCCUCCGAUCACAUGUGAAAAGUGUUUUUACUCACGUUUUUUCACACGCCGUGCCGUUCCUGACUUUGCCUCCAUAGCUGAGAUAUCAAUUUUGAUGAUCUCAGCUGAGCCAGUGCUUUCCUAUAGGAAAGCAUUGUGAGAUUAUUGCACAUGCACAGCAAAACGCUGCGCCAAUCAAUGCAUCUCUAUAGGGAACAUUCAGCACUUGUCGAGCUGAGUGACACACUGAGUGACUGUCACUAGAGGUGUUACUAGCAGCAAUGUAAACACUGCCUUUCCUAUGAAAAGGCAGUGUUUACAUUGAAAAGCCUGCAGGGGCAGGAUACAGACACCAGAACAACUACAUUAAGCUGUAGUGGUUCUGAUGGCUAUAGUGUUCCUUUAAGAAUUAUUUUUGGUUUUGAAAAUUAAACUUUGCUAGUUUAAAAAAACAAAAACUGGCUAAUACAUUAUUUAGCUGGCUCCUAGAUUCCAAUCAAAUCUCUCAAGCCCUGUGUUAAAGGGACACCGUUGUCACUUAUAUAACGUUAACUUAAUAAAGCAGUUUUUGUGUAGAUCAUGCCUCUGAAGUCUCACUGCACAAUUAUUUGCCAUUUAGGAGUUAAUUAACUUUUGUUUUUGUUUAUGUUACCCAUGACUGUGACUCACACAACCUACAUGAAAAAAGGGUUUCCUUUUCAAUCAGAUGUUGACUUACUUUAGAAGUUUCCCCUCCUGCUUUCUAACUUUACCUUUAACUGCACACAGGAGCCUCCUGCAAGGUCUACCAAGCUAUAAGCAUUGCAGGAUAUAUGAAAUUCUAAAUUAAAUAGACUGUGCAACGAAGGAAGUUUAAACAUUAGAUCUCUUUUUACAGGAAGUGUUUAUGAAAGCCGUGUAUGUUACAAGCAGGGAUGUGUGACUAGGGCUGCAUAAAAAAAGUGAUUUAACUCCUAAAUGGCAGAUAAUUUAGCAGCGAUACUGCAGUGUCAUUAUCUAUACACCAAAACAGCCUCAUUGAGCAAAAGUUGUUUUGGUGACUAUAGUGUCCCCUUAGCCCUGCAACCAUGGCAUCUACUAAAAGUGCCAAAUCACCCAGACCACUUCAUUUUGUAGUCCUUUAAAGGGUCACUACACUGCCCAAAUACAACAUUUAAAAAAAUCUAGAUUUAGUUUAUAUACCCCCAAUCAAGACAUGCAUGCAUUAACUUAUGCAUUUCUUUUUUUUUUAAAAAGGGGUUAUAUCUAAAACAGCUUGUAAAAGUUGAAGAUCUGUUUUUUGUAGUCUUUGCAAGUCUUCUCCUUCUUCCCCAACCCACACAUUCUAUGGCUGUCCAAACACAGACUUCCCAAUACAGCUUAAAGGGAUACUAUAGUGCCAGGAAAACAAACCUAUAUUCCUGGCACUAUCGCUCCCCCCUCCCUUGCGCCCCCUAUGUUUAACAUUGCAUCACUGGGUGCAAAAGGGACACUGUACCCAAACCACUUCAAUUGGCUAAGGUAGUCUGGGUGCCUACAAUGGCGCUUUAAUGAGCAGUCUUCACAAGGAAAGUGGUCUGAGCAGUUGCUGCAUCUUGAGUUUAUCUGCACUGAGCUAAACAACCAGGAAGUUACCGGACAUUUUGUCUGAUAGCUAUAUGGAUGUAACACUCUUAAUUUGUAAAAGUUCUAUUGAAAUCUGCACUUUUGGACAACGCUAAAGUGCUUUGGAUGUUUGGAGUGUUCCUUUAAGCCUAACCCUACAAAUUAUGUCCUCUUGGAAAUUUGAAGAAAUCUAGUUUAAUAUUAUGUCUUCAAAACUCUUCAAUGGCGUUAUAUUCCACCUUAAAGGAACACUAUAGUCACCUAAAUUACUUUAGCUAAAUAAAGCAGUUUUAGUGUAUAGAUCAUUCCCCUGCAAUUUCACUGCUCAAUUCACUGCCAUUUAGGAGUUAAAUCACUUUGUUUCUGUUUAUGCAGCCCUAGCCACACCUCUCCUGGCUAUGAUUGACAGAGCCUGCAUGAAAAAACUGGUUUCACUUUCAAACAGAUGUAAUUUACCUUAAAUAAUUGUAUCUCAAUCUCUAAAUUGAACUUUAAUCACAUACAGGAGGCUCUUACAGGGUCUAGCAAGCUAUUAACAUAGCAGGGGAUAAGAAAAUCUUAAUUAAACAGAACUUGCAAUAAAGAAAGUCUAAAUAGGGCUCUCUUUACAGGAAGUGUUUAUGGAAGGCUGUGCAAGUCACAUGCAGGGAGGUGUGACUAGGGUUCAUAAACAAAGGGAUUUAACUCCUAAAUGGCAGAGGAUUGAACAGUGAGGCUGCAGGGGCAUGUUCUAUACACCAAAACUGCUUCAUUAAGCUAAAGUUGUUCAGGUAACUAUAGUGUCCCUUUAAUAUACAGUUCUCUGUUAUGUAUCCUCUGAAUUAGCAUGUCACAUUUUAUAUAUAUUUUAAUAUAUUAUUUUAUAUAAUACAUGGCAUUCAGUAAAAUUGCUCAGGCGCCUGGAGUGUUAACAAGAGUAUUGGAUAAUCUCCUUGAUCUUCAGAAUCCCUUUAGUGGAAUAUAGCACAUUCAUCUAAGGAACAGUCUGAAUUCUUGGCAAGCUAUCAAAAAGCAGAUGGACAUGAUAUAUUAGUUACGGACAUAUAGAUUAUGUAGACAUGGCUCUGUUAGCUAUUGUCUUUAAAGGUGAGGUUCUGUUAGGUGAUCUUUCACGAUUUGUAUAUUUACUUAAAUUAAAUAAAUAUAUAUAAUAUAUGUGAAUAUUAUCUAAUUAAAUAUUAUAUAAUUAAAUAUAUAGAAUCAGAAAUUACAUAAGUAACUUAUUAAACUUUGCAACGUAGCCUAACCAUAAAGAUAAUAUCACUGCUAUGGUAGUAGCGCUGCUUAAAUGAUUGCAAGCUCUGAACUGGCUUACCUCAGCACUAUAAAUAUUUGUAUACCACAAUUCCUAUGACUCUUAGCCAGCCUUUAAAGAUAUUUUCCAACAAUUUUUGCCAUGUUUAGUCAUCUCUCUGAAUAAACAUAUGAUCUAAGCAGUGGAGUAUCUAUAGUGAUACUAUUGUAUUGAGAUCCAAUAUGUAAUAGGAUUUAUAAUGUUAGUAGAGCAUAGACAGACUAUUUUAUACUUCCAAUCAGACGUGUUCAUUGAAACUUCCUGUAGAUUAUGGCCAGUUUCAUAACCAUAUAACUGGUAAUAAAGAAUGUGAUUUGUUAUGUCCAUGCACAUAGUCAGAUAAUCAGAUUUUAUUUGCAUGAGGUUCAUGGUGAAUAAAAAUCUUGUUCCCGUUCCAAAUUCCUUUAAUUGAUAUGUAAUUUUCUAAUUGUCAAUAUCCUAUGAAAUACGUGCAAGCGUUGUGUGACGGAACGCCGUCACUGAAUACUGACACAAGUGCUCUCUCCAGUGUUAGAGCCCCAGCACUGUGAGUCGGCUUCACAAGCCGCAGAGUCCCGCCUACCGCCUGGAAGUCUGUGCAGGCCAAUAGAAAAAGGGCUACCACUCAAACUGGUUUUGCAUCCUUUCUCUCGAUUGGUCGGCGAAACACCUCCUCUCUCUGAGCACCUGAAAAGUUUGAAUCUACCGGCCUAAAGUGAUUCUCUGGAUUCGGGUAUGUAAAGAGCCUCAAGCCCAGACUUUAUAUGACAAUUUCUUAGGCUCUGUACAUCUGAUCACACCACUAUCCGAUCGCUAUCCAUGGAUCAUUGCUGGGACCAGGAGCUAUUCGGGGAAGUAUGGCAUGUGGGGGUGCGUUACUGUAUGGUGUGUAUUUUGGGGGUUUUUGUAUGUUAGACUUCCUGUGUCCGGGAGAUACCAUUAUCUCCCAGACACAGCGCGCCGGGGUGGGCUUAUGUUUUGUAUUGCUGUAAAUGGAUACUGUGUAUCUUGCCUGCAAUAAACAGUUCUAUUUCACCCUUCAUUAAGUCUCGACUAGUGUUUGGGUAAUAGAACGAUUGCCCUUCUGCAAGCGUCUAUAAUCGCUGGCUCGCAGCUAUAGUCACUCCAGGGCUGAGCACAACUAGGAAGCGGCGACCACAGGCAGUAGUAACCCAUCCUCGAAAGGGUAUACCGCCACAUCUGGUGGCAGCGGUGGGAUGGUCCCCUUCCUUGGAGCCGGAGUGAAAUCAGAGGCGGAUGGAUCAGCGCAAUGAAGAUUGAAGCGUUUCACUCUCUAACACCUCCUGGAAAACCGAGGGAUAGCGCUAGCACUCGUGCACUGUCCUUGUUGGGAAAGCAGUUCCAGAGGAGCGUGUCGCAGGGAUUGUCUUUCUUCGGAGGCAAUCCAUAAGCAGAGGUACCCACAGACUUGGAGCAGGCAAGCAUGGCAUCCUCUGACUCUUACUCAGAGUUCCUAUUUGAGGUGCGGGAGCGACUUGCCUGGUAUGGCUCUAAUGUGUGCAGUGUGAGGUCCAGGGAACGGAGACAACCGGUUUAGUUCCCCAGCGGCAGUGUGAGGUCCAGGGAAUGGAGACAACCGGUCUCGGUCCACAGCGGCAGUGUGAGGUCAAGGGAACGGAGACAACCGGUCUCGUUCCCCCGCGGCAGUGUGAGGUCCAGGGAACAGAGACAACCGGUCUCGCUACCCAGCAGCUGAGUGAGGUCCAGGGGGGAGCACAGCCGGCUCUCCUUCCCAGAGGCCAGCCACGACCCAAGCGAUUCACGGGAAGCAGAGCCGCGACGGACUCAGCAAACAACUCCCAUCAUCCUCAGCCAGCUGGGAAAACCAAAGAGACCCAGGUGAUGGUAGGACUGGACUUGUUUGGUGUGGGUUUUUAUGGGCUCCUGUGUACCGGAGCCUGGGCAGGACAGCCCCCUGGGCUAAAGGCCCCUUAUAUCUAAGUCACCCUGCACCUAGGAGGGUGCAGGGCUGACCCAGGACAAGUGCUGUUGUGGGCAUGGCACUCACAGACUAUGUGUCCACUCCAGACAGCAGCGAGCUGAUCCGUGUGGGUCAUGCUGUGGCUGUCGGAGGUGGACAAGGGGGAGAUGUGUGACGGAACGUCAUCACUGAAUGCCGCCACAAGCGUUCUCUCCGGUGCUAGAGCAGUGGUGUAUCCUGGUUUUGUGCUGCCCUAGGCAGGACAAAACUCAGUCGCCACCCCCACCCAACCCUUCCCCGCGCCCUGCCUUCUAAAUACACACACACACACUCACUGACAGAUACGCAUACACUAGCUAACAGAAACACACACACUAACAGACAAACACACAAUCACUAACAGACACACACACAGGUAAACACACUAACAGACACACACAUACACAGUCAGACACACACACUAACAGACACACACAGUCAAACACACACUCACUCACUGACACACACACACUAACAGACACACUCACUCACUAACAGACACACUCACACUCACUAACAGACACACACACACUAACAGACACACACACACCCUCACUCACAUUAACAAAAAUUAUUUUUUAUUUAACCCCCCCCAGCCUCCUUACCUUUGGGAAUGCUGGGGGGGGGAGGUUCUCUUUCUUCCUGGGGGUCCAGUGGGUCUGCUGGACGGGCGGCUGGCGAGGGAGCACUUCCCCUGAGCUGUCUGCUCAGCUCCCUUGCGUGCCACAGAGUGAUGCCGGGAGCCGGAAUAUGACGUCAUAUUCCGGUUCCCAGCCUCACUCUGCGGCGCGCGAGGGAGCUGAGCAGACAGCUGAGAGGAAGUGCUCCCUCGCCGCUCGCCCACCAGUGCCGCUCGCCCAGCCCAGCAUGUCAGUUUGCCGGAAGGCUAACAAGACAUUUGCCCUGGGCAUUUGGGGGCGGCUUUUUUUGCCGCCCCCUGGAAAAUGCCUCCCAAGGCUAAACCGUCCCUGUGCCAGAGCCCCAGCAGAAUCCCUGGAACUGUGAGUCGGCUUUACAAGCUGCAGAGCCCCCCAGGGGUCAUAGAUGGGACUAGGAGCUAUUCGGGGAUGUAUGGCAUGUCGGGGUGCGUUACUGUAUGGUGUGUAUUUUUGGGUUUUUUGGGUGUUCUGCUUCCUGUGUCCGGAAGAUUCCAUUAUCUCCCAGACACAGUGAUGCCGGGGUGGGCUUAUAUUUUGUAUUGCUGUAAAUAGUUUGUGCAUAAAUACUGUGUAUCUUGCCUGCAAUUAACAGUUCUAUUUCACCCUUCACUAAGUCUCUUCACUAACUAGUGUUUGGGUGAUACAAUGAUUGCCCUUCUGCAAGCGACUAUUAUCGCUGGCUCGCAGCUAUAGUCACUCCUGGGCUGGGCACAACUAGGAAGGGGCGACCACAGGCGGUAGUAACCCAUCCUCAAGAGGGUAUACCGCCACAUGUUUCUCCAAAAGAAACCAGGGGGCUGCACUCACCUGAACAUGCAAAAAUGGGGUUCUGCUGUGGGCCAAUUUAUACAAUACACAAGAUCCAGUGCACUCACUUAUCCACUAAACAGCAACUUCAAUGCUGACAGAUUUUAUUAGCUUAAAAAAACGAAUCUAGGCAAAAAUAAUGAGGAUUUAGUUACAGUAUAUGAUCAUACAUUGCUUAAGCCUGCCACAACGUCAAUGUACCCCAUCUUUGGCAGGUCCUACUAAUGGUAAACAGCCUAAUGGUUUUUAAAAAGCUAAUAAAAUCUGUCAGCAUUGAAGUUGUGGUUUAGUUGAUAAGUGAGUGCGCUGGAUCUUGCGUAGUGUUGCUUUAAAAGACAACUUUCAUAAAAGUUUCACCUUAUUUUUUUUAAAGUUUAUUAUAUUAUAUAUUUAUAUAUAUAUGAAACCUAAUGAUUUUUUUUUUUUAAAUGACGUGUAUUGCUUUAUUUAUUUAUUUUUAAAGGUCGUUGUUUUUUGGGGGGCUGAACAGCCAUGUUUGGUUGCACUGCUGCUGCAGAUUUACAUAUAACGAAUACAGCAGCAGGCAAGUUAGACUAAGACAAAUAAAAUGUGAAAUUUUCUCCAAAAAAAUCAGAAUACAUCAUUUUAAAAAAAUAUUUAAAAUUCAUUAAAUGUAACAAACUUCAAAAAAGUAAAGUGAACAUUUGAUGACUGUUGUCCUUUAAACAUUGUUCGGUGUUAUAUUACUAAAAUGUUACACCUCUAUUUUGUUGAUGUCAUGUUGAUAUAAUGUAGUUGAUGCGUGUUUAGUGGUACAUUUCAUAUGAAAGGAGUGGACCCUCCAUAACCCACGGGCAACACCCAACACUUGGAAGCGCCCAGCAUGUUCAGAACCCUGAAUGCAACAGAUGACUUUCAUUGGUUUGGUUUUAACUGGUCCUAACGUGCAAUUUGUGGUUUUUAGUCUAAAGACUAAUGUCUAAAGUUAAAAAGAUCUAUUCCUGUCCUUAAUUUGAAGGCAUGGACUUUAUGGUGAGAAUGGCGGUUUGAACAUUUCUCAGUGGGCUUCAACUUUAAAAUCAGUGAAAGCAGGAGUUAAAAAACAGACCAUCAGGUUUAUUUACAUACAUAUAUAGAUUUCAUUAGACUUUUACUUUUAUACAUGAGCAUACUUAUGCAAAAUGAGAUGCUACUGUUUAUUUUAUGCCGUCUCUUGUUUCACUAACUUAAAGGAACACUCCAGGCACAAAAUGAAGUUGUUAUUGUGUCAGGAGGGACUCUUACCUCAAGGGGUUAAACCGUUCUUGAACGGCAUCCAGCUUCAGCAAGUCCAUAUUUAGAAUGCGCGGAGUGUUGACUGGCAGGGGCGCCGCUGAUUGACUGAGAGCGUCAGCUGGCACUCUCAGCUAAUAAGGGGCUCAUCUGUCUUGCAGCACUCUGUAUCUGGGGGGGGGUGGGGGAGGGAGAGGACAUCGCCUGGCACCAUAACAACUUUAUUUAUAUGUACUACAUCUUCCAUAAUGCUGUUUUCUUAUUGAUUUUUUGCUUUGUGCAGGUACUCUAGCACUACAAGGUUUUCUACACUUGAAGAACAUGUAAAUACUUUUUCAUAUGGUGGUUGGGAACUAUUAUGCCUCAAUUACAUCUACAUUCCCAUUAAUAGAUUUACCUAUGUUAUUAAAGAUCAACAUAAUUUAACAACUCUGCAUAUAAUUUAACCAUUCUUUAUGUCUACCAUUAACCAUUCUUUUAUGUCUACAUCUUAUGUUUCAUAGUAACUAUUAUUAUCUAAAGCGUAAGCCAUAAAGGAACACCGUAGUGUCAGGAAUACAAACAUGUUCCUGACACUUUAGUUUUGAAACUGCUGUUAAGUCCUGGGUCUCAUUUCCUGCCUCUCCCCCCUUGAAUGCUCAGCGCCUCUAUGCAGUGCGUGGAGACGCUGAAUGUCAGUGCUGUACACUGUGCAGCACUGACACAGGAAAUGCCUCUAGUGCCCGUCUGAGUGACUGCCACUAAAGGUGUUCCUAGGCAGUAAUGUAAACACUACCUUUUCUCUGAAAAGGCAGGCUUUACUUUUAUGAAGCCUGCAGGGACAUACUCUACUCACCAGAACAACUAUAUUAAGCUGUAGCUGUUCUGGUGACUACAGUGUACUUUUACGGGCCAUUUGGUAAAUACAGUGAAGAGAAAAAGUAUUUGAUCUCCUACUGAGUUUGAACGUUGGUCUACGGACAAAGAAAAUAUCAGUCUAUAAUUUUAAUGGUAGAUGUAAUUUUAAACCUGGGAGGGGGAGGACAGGGAAGGGGGAUAUGGCAUUCCCUGUGGGGCCCAGCACACUCUUACUUACCUUCCUAGCAGCUCCCCUGUCUAACACUUGCGGCCAGCGUGCCGAGCAGAGUGUUGCCAUGGUAACCCAUGGGACUCACAAGAGUUAGACAGGGGAGCUAAAGGGAGCUGCUGGGAAGGUAAGUAAGAGUAUGCCGGGCCCCUCGGGACCGCCAUGGGCCCUUCAGGAGGUGGUAACAGUAUGCUGUGGGGUGUUUUUCUGCUAAAGGGACAGGACAACUGCACCGCAUCAAAGGGACGAUGGAAGGGGCCAAGUACCGUCAAAUCUUGGGUGAGAACCUCCUUCCCUCACCCAGGGCAUUGAAAAUGGGUUGUGGAUGGGUAUAUCUCAGCAUGACAAUGACCCAAAACACACAGCCAAGGCAACAAAAGAGUGGCUCAAGAAGAAGCACAUUAAGGUCCUGGAGUGGUCUAGCUAGUCUCCAGACCUUAAUCCCAUAGAAAAUCUGUGGAGUCCAAGUCGGCCUCGAAACCUUAAUGACUUGGAGAGGAUCUGCAAAGAGGAGUGGGACAAAAUCCCUCCCGAGAUGUGUGCAAAUCUGGUGGCCAACUACAAGAAACAUCUGACCUCUGUGAUUGCCAACAAGGGUUUUGCCACCAAGUACUAAUUUGAAGGAGUCAAAUACUUAUUUCACUCAAUGACAUGCAAGCAUGCAAUUUUGUAUUUUUAUUACACUUUGCAAUCAUGACAAAUGGUGGAGCUGAAGGCAAGCUUCACCCUUUGUUAGCUUAACAAAGGAAGUGGAGAUUGCCUUAAGCACCAUCCUUUGUCAAGAUCGCAAAGCACCUUACUAUCCUUUGCAACAGCAGACCACCAUGGCAUAAUGCAGUAAGGGUUUAUCCAUGCACUUGGACCACUUCAGUGAUUUGUGCAGAGUAUUGCUAUGAAACACUGUACGUACUGAGUUUAACCCCUCCAGCCAUGCAUUUAUUGACGAGAUCAGUCAGCUGACACUCUCAGCCAGUAAAUGGCAGGAAAAGCCGAAUGCACAUUACCGACCAUAGAGCAGACUCAGGGCCCAGAGGUGACCCAGGUAAGAGGGCAAAAAUUACUAAAACACUUUGUCCAAUUACCAGGAAACAGAGCUGUAGUAGUUAGGAUGUUAUAAAGUAACCCUUUAAGCGUAUGGUGACCUCUAACCAAUAUUCUCUGCUCUGCCUUCAUGCUCCCAAUGUGACUGACAAGGAAUUUUGGUUUACGUUUGGGAGUUUCUCAAUCUUCCUUUGGAUAACCGUUUGCAUACUGAAUGGGAUUUUAAUUAUCAUAAUCUACUAAUCAUAGCACUUUAUUUGACACACAGUGUAAAUUGCCUUCUGAUUUUGUUAAACGGUAUGUACUGAUAGAUAUAUGUAGUGCCCACCACACAUCUGAUUUAGAUUGCGUAUUUUAUUCUACCACUUACUCCAAAUACUCACACAUAUAUAUUUUAUAGUUUCUCAAUCCAGUGUUGUGGAUUUUUGUAACUCCAGUAUUAAUACCAUUUUAUGGUCAGACAAGGCAGAAUUUUUUCUCUACUGAAGUGUUCUGGCAUGCUCUCACCCAUGGUCUAGGUCCUGGAAAUUUAAUCUGGCAUUGUUACAAUACCAUGAGAUAGUUGAACAGGUCCAUUUUCUGGAAAAUGCAACACCAGAUAUAGCUAUAGAACAGGAAUCUCAAACUGUGAUUCUCCCCCGUACAGAGCCUUCCUCGGCUGGCUCAAGUUCAAAGUUGACAUCCACCUAUUUGGGACUCAGAGGUGUGUCAGAUGCCCUGACACGAGACACCCCUCAUUUGUUUAUAUAGUUGCAAUGUCCCCAACACCCCUUACUUAGAAUCAAAUGUCCUGUAAUUUUUCAUUUUAUUUGUAUUUGGGAUUGCCCGCUUACUGUAACCUAUCCACAUUUUUGUCUCCUCUUUCCCUGCUUAUACGAAACAAAACCUUCCAUCGAGGAAUGAUGCCUUCCCUGUUAGUGGGCUUAGAGGAUUUGGGAUUUCAGAGAUAACUCAUGAUGUAUUAGUUAAAGGACCACUGUAGGCACCCAGACCACUUCAGCUCAAUGAAGUGGUCUGGGUGCCAGGUCCCUCCACUUUUAACCCUGCAGCUGAAAACAUAGCAGUUUCAGAGAAACUGCUAUAUUUCACUGAGGGUUAAUCCAGCCUCUAGUGGCUGUCUCAAUGACAGCCGCUAGAGGCGAUUCCAUAAUUCUCACUGUGAAAAUCAGAAGACGCUGGACGUCCAUAGGAAAGCAUUGAGUAAUGCUUUCAUAUGGGCUGUUUGAAUGCGCGAGCGGCUCUUGCCGAGCAUGCACAUUCGGAUUUGACGUCGGGGGGGGUGGAGAUUUCCCCAGCACAGAGGGAGCUCGGCACUGGAGAAAGGUAAGUGGCUGAAAGGGUUUUAACCCAUUCAGCCCAGCGGGAGGGGGGCCCUGAAGGUGGGGGACCUAAUGACCCAAGAGUGCAAGUUUGUUUUCCUGGCACUAUAGUGCUCCUUUGAGUUUAUUACACUUGCUUCCAAGCCACUGUUAAACGCUUGACAUUAGUUAUUUUUGCAGUCGUGAAGCUUUGCUCAACAUGUCCACAAUAGUACAACCACCUUGACAAAGAAUGCAAUUUUGUUUCCAAAAGACCUAUGCCAAAGGUAUACUCUCUAUCAUAUACACAAUUCACUCACUAACCUUUUAGAUAGGAAAGAUUUACUGUAUUUUAUGUCUUAUUCUGAGAAUCUGACUGUGGGAGAAUUUAGAAUGUGUGGACUAGUUAGAAAUCUGAGAAUCUACUGUUUGUAACAAAAUAGGAACAGAAAUGUAUGCAUUGGUACACCGCACCAGUCAUAUUAUGGAUCCUCCACUGAUACCUGCUGGAGAUUAUGUGGUGUUCAGAACACAUGUAUUCAUAUGUGGUGUACCUGCCCCUCCAUAUAAACAUUUUGACAAUGGCUCAUAAGCUGUGAACUACAAUACUUGGUAAGCCCCUAGAUCCCUGGUCCUAUUUUCUAUCCACUUGCUUCUUCAGAAUAGAAAUUGUUCACCAGCUACCUCUGGUCAUUAUAAGAGGCUUGGUGGAAUCAUAAAAAAACCACCAUACAGUUUUUUUCUGCUUCAUACCAUAUACGGUUAUAUAUGGUGUACACUAUUGACUACUCCUGGAUACUUAUUAGAUUUUAUCUAAUAUUCUCCCCUUUUUACUUGCACUAUUAGGGAAUUUUAGUAGAGUCCCUUUAUUUCCAGUUGAGUGGUUUAUUAACCCCUCAAGGACACAUGACAUGUGUGACAUGUCAUGAUUCCCUUUUAUUCCAGAAGUUUGGUCCUUAAGGUAGGGGCGUACCUAGGGCAUGUGGCACCUGGUGCGGGUCCUGGGUUUGGCACCCCCCCCUACACCCCCCCUUCUCAAAAAAAAAUAAAAAAUGACUACAUUUUUAAAAUGUGUUAGAUUUUUAAAAAAAAUUAUUGAACAAAUUUGUAAACUUUUUAAAACCAAUGCCCCCCUCUACAAAAUCCCUGCACCCCCUCACACAUAGUUACAGGCAGACAGUCACACACAGUUACAAGCAGUCACACGCACACAGUCACAUGCAGACAGUCACACAUUUAGUCACAGGCAGUCAUACACACAGUUACAGGUAGAGAGUUACACACAAACAGUCAGUUACAAGCAGUUACACACAGUCACGCGCACUGUUACAGACAGACAGUCACAUAUACAGUCACACACACGGUCACAGGCAGACAGUCAUACACAUAGUUACAGCCACAAACACACACAGCUACAGGCAGUUACACACACAGUCAGUUACAGGCAGUCACGCACAAAGUUACAUGCAGACGGUCACAGGCAGACAGUAACACACAGUUACAGGCAGACAGUUACACACACACACAUAUUUACAGGCGGACAGUUAUACACACACACACACAUAUUUACAGGCAGACAGUUAUACACACACAGUUACAGACACACACAAGACACACAGUUACAGACACACACACAAGACAGACACACACACACACACACACAGUUACAGACUGACAGUCACACACACACAUACAUACACACAGUUACAGACUGACAGUCACACACAUACAUAUACACACACACACACACAGUUACAGACUGACAGUCACACACAUACAUAUACACACACACACAGUUACAGACUGACAGUCACACACAUACAUAUACACACACACACACAGUUACAGACAGACAGUCACACACACACACACACACAGUUUCAGGCAGUUACACAAACAUACACACAGUUACAGGCAGACAGUUACACUCACACACACACACACACUCUUAUACUUACAGACAGUGUGGGCUGGAGGAGUGGAUUCCCUGAAGUCCUUCCCUAGAGCCUGGUAGGUGGAGGUGCAGGGAUUUCUUCUUGCUGCACGUCCAUAUGCAGCAGUUACAGCAGCUUGUAAGGGCUGUGUUAAGCCCUGCCCCCGCUCGGGGUUAGGCUCCGCCCCCCAACGACUGUAGCUCCGCCCCUUCCUCCUCGCGUGCGGCCACUCUAUGUGAGCUGUGCGACACCCCAGCUGCCAUGGGGAACAGCUCACACAGCCCCCUCCAGCUCCAAGACUCAAGACACCCCCCUAGCAGGUGGCACCCGGGGUGGACCGCCCCCCCCCUUAGUCCGCCACUGCCUUAAGGGGUUAAAGCCAUACUACAUACUCUAUUACUGAGAUUUUCAAUAAUCUCAACCUUUUACUUUUGGUGGAAUCAUAGGCUCAACCCCCUCCUCCUAUGCAUUCUAAAGUAAUUCUUAGAGGAACAUUAUAGAGUCAGGAACACAAACAUAUAUUCCUGACCCUAUAGUGUUAAAACCACCAUCUAACCCAAUGGCUCCAUAAAUAUAGUAACAUCUUGUGUAUUGUAUUAUUUGGCCCCCAGCAGCACCCCCAUAUAUGCAUGUUAAGGUGAGUGCAGCCAACCCCCUCUUGUUUUAUAUAUAUAUAUUUGGGAGUCUAGCCAACUCCUUGGUUUUGCACCCCUCUCUGUCACAGGUGCCUCAUCCCAGGGCCCUAUUUAGCCUUGUACUGCAGAGAGCCCCAGAUGGAAUUUUUUUCCCCAAGUAGGUUAAUCUCAUAAGAGCAGACAUUAGGCUGUUAGUGUAGGACCUGCCAAAGAUGGGGUACAUUGACGUUGUGGCAGGCUUAUGCAAUGUAUGAUCAUAUAAUGUAACUAAACCCCCAUUAUUUUUGCCUAGAUUAGGUGUUUUUAAAAAAACAAAUAAAAUCUUUCAACAUUGAAGUUGCUGUUUAGUGGAUAGGUGAGUGCGCUGGAUCUUGUGUAUCUUACUUGUAUUCAAGUCUGCAGCUGCUACCUCUGCCUGCUUGUCUGACAUCAUCAGAAGUGUUGAUCAAAAGCCAAUCACAAUGCUUUCACAUCAGAGAUGUGUCUACCGCGAGGCAAACGAGGCAUUUGCCUUGGGCGGCAAUUUCCAGGGGGCGACAAAAAACGCCGCCCCCAAAUGCCCAGGCAAAUACCUUGUUUCCCUUGUUUUAAGGGAGCCCAAGAGCUGGCCGGUUGGCCACCUUUGGGCUCCCGCGGGGCCACACUAAGCUGUCAGUGAGGGAGCACUUUCCUUCGCACGACCCGCUGUAAUGCCGGGAGACGGAAUAUGACAUCAUAUUCCAGCUCCCGGUGUUCUAUCAAAUUCCCCUAAAUCGUCACUUCGGUGAGGGAAAUCAGCUGGAUCCUGUGCUGCACAUGUGUGCUAGCACUCCUGCUACUCCUCCACAGCAAGGUCCUGGAAGGUAAGUAAAGCUAGUUUUACACUUUCAUUAUAGUUAGUUCAUUCACUAAGCAUAGGCACAUGGGACAUUUAGGGUUAAGUGAGGGUUAAAGGGUAAGGGUUAAAAUAAAGUGUGAAAAAACACAAUUUAUAGAUAUUUCCCUAAUGUGCAAUAUCACUAAAUAUAAACAAGUCCCUAAUCCUAACCCUAAUUUGAACCCUAACAUUAACCCUAAAUUUCCCAUGUCCUAAGCUUAGUGAAUGCACUAACUAUAAUGAAAGUGUAAAACUAGCUUUACUUACCUUCCAGGACCUUGCUGUGGAGGAGUAGCAGGAGUGCUAGCACGCACCCGGAAGUGACGAGGGUAGGGGAUUUUCACGGGUAAGGAGAUUUGAUAGAACACCGGCAUCACUCUGCGGCGCGCAAGGGAGCUGAGCAGAGAGCUCAGGGGAAAGUGCCCCCUCGCUGACAGCUUAGUGUGGCUGCCAGCCCGCCCAGGAAACACGUCUGGCCGCCUCCCUGCCCAGCAACCCCACUGGACCCCAGGUGAAAAAUCCACGCAGCUAUCCAAAAAGUAGGGAGGCUGGGUGGAUUUCAAUUUAAAAAAAUAAUAAUAAUAAUAAUUGUGAGUGGGGGAAAUGUGUAUGUGUGUCAGUGAAUGUGUGUGUGUGUGUGUGUCAGUGAAUGUGAGUGUGAAUGUCAGUGAAUGUGAGUGUGAAUGUCAGUGAGCAUGUGUCUGUCAGUGAAUGUCUGUGUGUGUGUGUGUGUGUGUGUGUGUCGGUCAGUGAAUUUGAGUGUGUGUGUCGGUCAGUGAAUGUGUGUGUCAGUGAAUGUGAGUGAGUGUGUGUGUCAGGGAAUUUGAGUGAGUGUGCGUGUCUGUCAGUGAGUGUGUUGGUCAGUCAGUGUAUAUGUGUCGCUCAGUGAGUGCGUGCGUCUGUCAGUAAGAGUGUGCGUCUGUCAGUGAGUCUGUCAAUGAGAGUGAGUCUGUCACUGUGUGUCCGAGUAAUAGUGUAUGUCUGUCUAUCAGUGUGUCAAAUCAGUGAGUGUGUGUAAGUCAUUGUUUGUCAGUGUAUAUGAGAGUGUGUGUCUGUCAGUGAGUGUAUGCAUUUAUCAUUGAGAGUGUGCAUCUGUAAGUGAGUGAGUCACUGUCAGUCAAAGUGCGGCCUUGAUAGGAAGGGGUGGGGAAAAUUAAAAAUUUUGGGGGCAGCACAAAUCCUAAAUACACCACUGUUUCACAUACGAAAGCAUUGGAUUGGCUAAGACUGUCAAGGAGGCAGAUCACGGGCAGAGCCAGCACAAGUAAAACACAGCCCUUGCCAAUCAACAUCUCAUCAUGAAUCAAUGCAUCUCUAUGAGGAAAGUUAAGUGUUUGCAUGCAGAGGGUGGAGACACUGAAUGGCAGUCACACUGUGCAGCACUGCCACAGGAAGCACCUCUAGCAGCCAUAUGAGGAGUGGCCAGUGAAGUUAUCACUAGGCUGUAAUGUUAACACUGCAUUUUCUCUGAAAAGACAGUGUUUAAAGCAAAAAGUCUGAAGGGACCAAUUAGACUCACCAGAACAAAUAUAACAAGCUGUAGUUGUUCUGGUGACUAUAAUCUCCCUUUAACAUAAAAUAUAACAUGACUAUGGACAAAUAUAAGAGUUCUCCUACUCUACAGAAAAUCUGGUAUCUUUGGCUAAAUUGUGGUGAGUAGGUUUACUGUUGUCAUGCUAUUUUUAGGGUAAUAUGUGGUUAUAAACUAUUAUGACUUUUACUCUUGAAUGUUCUUCCUUCUUUGUCUUCUUCGAUAUCAUUUCUCACUAGGUUAUUUGUUUUCAAUAAUGCUGAAAAAAUGUUCAAUCAUGCUGUGCUUCAAUGUACAUUUUGAGUUGUACAUUUGUGACUUUCUUAAAGAUUCUGAAAAGAAGCUUUAAAUAAUUUAGAGAUCAUUCUAUCUGUAGGGUUAUAUUCAGAAAACCCUGCAACCCUUCAAAAAAGUAUUAUUAUUUUUUGUUAGAACCAUUACAAAUACUAGGAAACAAGCAAUUAAUGUUAAGACUACCACGAGUCAAAAAUCUAAGAUUAGUGACUUCUACUAAGGGCUUCCGUGCUUGCUGUUAAAAGGCUGGUAAAGCAUUGUAAAUACUAACAGACUGUAGAUCCUAAAAAAGUAUCAACCCCAUUUUACGGUUAACACUUGCAUUUGAAAUAGAGUGCAUUCUCUACUGAUAUCCACCACCUCUUAGGUAUAUUAUUUUGCUAAUUUGAUGUACGUCAAGGAAUCAUUGCCAUUGGAUACUGUAAAUGGCAUAGGCAGAGGGACUGUUGAAAGGCCUGUCACUCAGUGCAUGACAGGUACAUUGUCGCCAAAUGGGCUAUAGGAGCUGACCAUUACCUUUUUCCCAACCCACACCAAUGAAACACUGACACUUUAGGGUAUGGGUCAAAAUGUCCACAGCUUUUAUUUAUAAUAUAUAAUAAUAAUAAUAACGAUAAUAUAUAAAUAACAUAAAAGUCAUUGCCCACCCCCACAUCCACAGCCAUCCAUCAUUAUCAUUUUCCACAUAUCAGUUCGCAAGGCAAUGACCCAUCAUAUAUAACAUAACAUAACAUUGUAUAACAAUCCAUAAGUACAACAAAACAAGAUCCAACAUUUUCCACACGAUCCUGGCAGGGGUAUACCUUGAUACCCCUACACCACCCGGGUUCAUAGCUACCAACGAGCUCGAAACCACCAACAUCUUACCAACUGGUAACCAGUCCAUAUUGAAACAGCCAACUCACUACUCUUGCUCUACGCUUCCUUAAGCAGGCCCGUUACCAUCUUAACUUUCCUUUCACUAGCCCGCCGCUGUGACCAAGUGGGUAGAAUAAAACCCAACACUAAAGGGAGGGAGGGACCAAUUCAGCCUGGUACGUCAAUUAGUAAUGAGGUGUUAUAAAAUGUCCGACAUUUAUAUCAGCCUACCCAGAAUCCUGAUCUAUCAAUCACCAACCCCUGCUCCCCUAAGCCCGCUUCCAAGCCCUGUCAAGGCCCCCUCUGCUAAGCUGCGCUUUCUUCUUGGGGCUACAUGAGCACUUUACCUGCGUUCCUUUGAAUGCUGUAGACUUUUCAGAUAAACAAACAUGCAACACCUUAGCUAGUUACACUGUUCUGAGUGCAUUUCCGAGUUCAUUGUAAGCCCUGGUAUAUUGUCGGUCACAAAUGCAACUUUUUUUGACAAUCUCUGAACCAAUGAGGAGAUAGAAACUCUGUGUUUUAAGUCUUCUUUCAUUAUGUUGGAUAUGAGAAGUCUGGCUAAGUAAGGUGAAUUAUCUGACUAAUUUUUGUAAGUUCGGGUUUCUGAGAGAAUCUGUAAAUGUCAUGUGUUACUCUAUACUCUCAUUAAAGAACCACUCUAGGCACCCAGAUCACUUCAGCUUAAUGAAGUGGUCUGGGUGCCAGGUCCAGCUAGGGUUAACCCAUUUUUUCAUAAACAUAGCAGUUUCAGAGAAACUGCUAUGUUUGUGAAUGGGUUAAGCCUUCCCCUAUUUCCUCUAGUGGCUGUCUCAUUGACAGCCACUAGAGGCGCUUGCGUGCUUCUCACUGUGAUUUUUCACAGUGAGAGCACGCCAGCGUCCAUAGGAAAGCAUUAUGAAUGCUUUCCUAUGUGACCGGCUGAAUGCGCGCGCAUUCAGCCGACGGGGAGGAGAAGAGGAGGAUCGGAGGAGGAGAGCUCUCCGCCCAGCGCUGGAAAAAGGUGAGUUUUUUAACCCCUUUCCCCCUUCCAGAGCUGGGCGGGAGGGGAACCCUGAGGGUGGGGGCACCCUCAGGGCACUAUAGUGGCAGGAAAACAAGUAUGUUUUCCUGGCACUAUAGUGGUCCUUUAAGCUAUCGAGUACAAGUCAGAGGUUCUCGUGCACAGAGUGUUUGCUUGUUUGAGAGUGACCGUGUAUCAACAACAAGCUCAUUGCUCUUAGCUCUCGAUUUUGUGUUGUGUCAGUUUGAUCUGAAGAGAAUUUCUUCAAUAGGCAUAGUGGAGGAAUCUGAAUACUGGUGAAUACCAUGUUAAUAUAGCUGUUCCCUGGGUGCAGUCUGGAAAUAAAAACAAGUUUUUAUCUCCUGCUCUGUUAAUUGAACUUUAAUCACACAAAGUAGACAUAUGCAGGCUAUUAACAGAGCAAGAGAUAAAAAAAAAAACAAAAAAAAUCUAAAUUAAACUCACUGGCCAAUAAAGGAAGUUUAAACAUUAGAUCUCUCUUUACAGGAAAGAUUUAUGGAGUCUGUGUAAGUUACAUGAAGGGAGGUGUGGCUAGGGCUGUAUAAACAAAGUGAUUUAACUCCUAAAUGGCAUAGAAUUGAGCAGUCAGAUUGCAGGGGCAGGAUCCCUAACACCAAAACCACUCCAUUAAGCUAAAGUUGUUUUGGUGACUAUAUUGUCCCUUUAAAACACACAUGGCCUAUUUGUAUCUGCCAGCAAUCUGCAAAGCGGAAUAAUAGCCACAUAUAAUACAGAGGAGGGCUGGUAGAGGAUGCGGGGAGAAUAAUUAGCUUCCUAGGACACUGGUAUAGUGAAGACUGUGGCGUGAUGCACAACAGAAUACUAAAAUGUAAUAUUGACUAUAUUCACAUAAUAUUGUUUUACAGUUAUUGACAUUUCCUGGUUUGACCUCAGAUAGGAGCAGUUGUUCGCAGUAGUCCCCCCCUUCCAUUGCCAAAUAUAACCUGCUCUAUCAUGAUACAGUAAGUACAGUUGCUUGACUAUUACAAUCUGCAUAUGAGCCCUGCAGACUUUAGAUUUGGUUUAUGACACCUAACGCAUAUAGGAAUGUAUCCAAUGAUUUCAUAGUAAUGUCCAGAUCUCAUAUUGUUUGCAUGACUGUCUUUUUAAUUGCAGUAGAAUGCAAUAAAUGCUAGCAAUCCCAUUACAUUUUUUUUUUUUUUGUGGACACAGUAAAUGUAAGAAAUCCCAAUUACAUCGUUUUUUUACAGACAGCGGUUUUAAUAAGUGUCAUAUUCUGAAUAAAAGAGAAAGCGUGUUAACGCCAGGCUCGUGAUAUAAAUGCCAUUUUAUAAUCUGUUCUUCUGAGCUGCAGUGUUUUAAAACAAUGCACCCUUUCAUGUGCUUAAGUCCUCUUAAGAAAUUAAAAAGGAUGCAGGGAUUUUGUAUUCAUGGCGAUUAUUUGGCUGGUAUGUCUCGGCGGUUAUUAAAUAAGGAUUAGGUAUAACAGCAAGGGUUUUGGACCGUAAUACUCAAAAUAACAUAAACAGCUAGCUCAGUUCUUUAUAUUCUUGUGACACUAAUCUAUUCAGCACCCAGUAAAACCACCAGUAAUUUAACAACCAUUUGCACUUUGAGUCCAUGAACUAUAUUCUCCGUAACCUCUGGUUUGUGAGAUGGAUGUACAGUCUGUGCUGCACAGAAUAUACUUCUCAAAAAAGUAACAUGACAAUGAAUGGAUCAAUUAUUGUAUUAAUAAUUUAUAUAUACUUAGUCUAGUCCACCUUGGCAGCCCUGGGCAGGCCUUCAUAAGGGAACUAAUCUAUUUUGCCAUGGCUCUCCUUUUGGCUCAGUUCUUCUCGCUUGUAACUGUAUGCACAUGGAAUACGGUGUUAUUGUAAUGGAGAAAUUAGGGUCUGCCAGAGCAGGGGUUGACAAAGCUAAAUCUCCAGCUCUGUCUUGUGGCUGGAAAGGCAUUGUGGGAGUUGUAGUUUUAAAGCAGAUAGGAUUGGCAUUUGGCCACCCAUGGGCUAGAGGCUUCAAUUUAAGGGUUACUCAAACCCCAAAACACUGUUUUUGUUUAGAAUAGCCUUUGCCAUGCUCCCCCUCCAAUUGAAAACAAAUAAAAAACUAAAACAUAGGCCCAGGCCAGGUUCUCCCUCACCCUGAUUUUACUCCUCGGAAGUCACUUUCUCUCACCAGAGGGGGACGGAUGUCAUGGAGGACAGGCUGACGGAAGGACAUGGGCUGGCUAAUUGAGCCCAGUGAUGCUGCUGGAGGUGGUGUUACACCUCUGAUUGCAAAGGGCUUAUGUCAGAGCUUUCCGAACUUUUCAUGUUGGUAACACACUUUCCAGACAUGAAUCAUUUUGUGACACAGCGACGGUCGAGAGGGUGUUGAUAUGCGUGGGAUAGGCAUAAGGCUAUCCUAACUAUAAGAUAAGACCAGGGACUAAUGAAAGUAUUUAGAAAAUUGGGCAGACUAGAUGGGCCGAAUGGUUCUUAUCUGCCGUCACAUUCUAUGUUGCUAUGUUUCUAUGUUUCUAAUACAACAAUAGCAAAAAAAAAAAAAAUAUCAACAUGCGCACCAUUUUCAUACUUUUCCUUAAAGAACCCUGUUUCUAUGUGUUCUAUAUCGCGAACAAGUCACUUCAGCAGCAGUUUCGACACAAUUGUGCAUGCCCAGUACAUGUAUGAUCCCUGACCAUCUCUCUUGCCCUAUUCACAAUAUGGUAAUAUAACAUACCCAGCGCAAGUUUGCUCUUCUCACCUUAUUAAUUGUUGCUGGCUGGCUGCUGCGGCUGGUUGGCAGGUAGAUUUCUUCCCCCAGCACCUUUGUGCAUUUGUUUUUCCCCAACCCCUUUGUUUGUCUCUUCCCCCAGCCCUUCUGUGUGUCUCUUUGUCACCCUCAGCCCUUUUAUGUGUCUGUUUGUGCCCCCUCAUACCCUCUGUGUGUCUCUUUCUGCCCCCUCCUCUUAUGCGCCCUUCUGCUGUCCCCCUCCCAUCCUGUGCACUUCUUCUGUCCUCCUCCCCUCCUGUACCCUUCUUCUGUCCCCACCACCCCUCCUGUGCACUUCCGCUGUCCCCCAUCUCCUCAUGUGCCCUUCUUCUGUCCUGCUCCCCUUCUGUGCUAUUCUUCUGUCUCCCCUUCUUUUAAACAUUGUGCAAACAUGUCUAAUGAUGCGCUUGAGCUAUGGUUGUUGGAGACUGUUCCCUGAUAAUUUUAAUUUUCAAGCCAAAAUCAGGACAGUUGGGAGAUAUGCAUAUCUGCACAACAAGAUGAGAUUGUCAUACUAGACCUUGCUGUUAACAGGCAGCAAAGAGUAAGCAACUAGGGAUCGACCGAUUAUCGGUUCGGCCGAUAUUUUGUAUUUUCAGCAAUAUCGGUAUCAGCUAAUAAAGAUACCGAUAAUGCAGACCAGGGCUGCCCGCGCACUCUUACUUACCUUUCCAGCAGCUCCCUUAAGCUCCCCUGUCAAACUCUUGCGAGUCCCACGACUGUCAGAGCGUUGCCACGGGUUACCAUGGCAACGCUCCGAGCAGCACACAGACCGCGAGAGUUAGACAGGGGAGCUGCUGGGAAGCAAAGUAAGAGUGUGCUGGGCCCCCCCAGGACUGCUGCUGGCUCCCCAGGGAAUGCCAUAUCCUCCCUCUCUGGCCUGGUAAGAUGCAGGGAGGGGGGACUAAAACAAAAUGUAAAUUUUCUUUUUAUUUUUUAAGUUAAAAAAAGAAAUGCCCCCCCCCCCAUUUUACACACAUUACAUACCUACACAAACACUCACUGCACAAACACACAAACUUUGCAUUCAUUUUAUACACACAGUACACAAACACUGCAUUCACUAUGCACACACUACACAUUGCACAUUGCAUUCAAUAUACACACACUACACAAACACACACUCUGCAUUUAUUAUAUACACACUACACAAACACACACUGCAUCCACUACACACACACAUAUUCUUGAAAACAUAAAACAUUCUGACUGGCAUGUAUAUUUUGUGCAUUUACCUUAAUUAAAAAAAGAUUUGCAAAUAAAUAAAUAAUUAACAUGUUCAAGUAACAGUAGAAUUGUGUAGAAAUAGUUUAUUUUUUCAAAAUGGUAAAUGUACAGAAUAUCGGUAAAUUAUCGGCUAUCAGCCUGAAAGUUCACAGAUUAUCGGUACCGGCUCUAAAAAAUCAAUGUUGGUCGAUCCCUAUAAGCAACAAAUGGAAAAAGGGCAUUUCAGUAGCAAAAUUAAAUGUUAGACAGGUAAACUGCACAAGGGACAUUACAUUGCUUUCAUUUCUUACCUCUUUCAAAUAGAAUUUUACUGCAAACAGAACAUAAUUUGCUGUUUUCUGCUAUCUGGAAUUUCACCAGUAGGUGUCAGUCUUUUGAGACAAAAUGUUCAAGCAAAACUACUUAGGAGUGCCGCAUUACUUUAUUGGUUUUCUGUGCCCUGCUAAAUAACUUUUUGUUAAGUAACAAAAAUGGUGAACUAUAUUUUUUAACGACCCUUAUCAAAGGUAUAAGGUAUAAAUUAUGUAAAAGGAACACAAUAUUGAAGAAAAAAACACAUUUUUUAAGCAGACUGUGUAUUUAUUUUGAUUUCGGGCCCUUUUUAUAAAACAAACAAGCAACAAAAAAAAUGUAAACAUGGCAAGUAAACAUACCUUUAUUCGAUCCGACUGCUCUGAAAUCAUCAAACUUGAUGACUUUUAACCAAUUCAGUGCGCCUCCCAGAGAAACAUUUAGCCCAGUAACAGCUCACCUUGUUAUUCAUUUAGGAUAUGGUUAAUAAGCUGGAGGAACAUCCCACUGCCCCAUUGCCUCCACCCAUGGGUGACAAGUGGUAGCUCUAACAUAUAACAUAUACUAAAAUGGCCCCGAACCCCCAUGUCCCCACCCUUGCCUCCCUAAAUAUAGUAAAAUCUUACUUGUAUUCAAGACUGCAGUUGCUGCCCCUGGCCUGCCUGCUUGUCUGACACCAUCAUAAGUGUUGAUCAAAAGCAGUUACAAUGUUUUCACAUAGGAAAGCACUGGAUUGGCUAAGACUGUCUAGGAGGCAGAUCAGGGGCAGAGCCUGAAUUGAAUCAAUGAAUCUCUAUGAGGAAAGUUCAGUGUCUGCAUGCAGAGGGUGGAGACACUGAAUGGAAGUAACACUGUGCAGCACUGCCGCAGGAAGCACCUCUAGCAGUCAUCUGAGGAGUGACCAGUGAAGGUAUCCCUAGGCUUUAAUGUAAACACUGCAUUUUCUCUUAAAAGACUGUGUUUACUGCAAAAAGCCUGAAGGGAAUGAUUCUAUUCACCAGAACAAAUACAAUACAAUGUAGUGGUUCUGGUGACCAUAGUGUCCCUUUAAGUUUCUGCCCUUCCCCCCCCUAAAUCUAAUUUAAAAAAAUGGAAACAACGGUUUUACUCACCUUUUUUUUCCCAACACCAAGAUACCAGUCCCUGUAGCAACUUCACAGGCCUCACUGGCCGACUCUUCUUCUCUCUUCUUCUACCUAUUGCUCCACGUAGAGGAUCAAAUGGAGAUUAACUGCGAGAACUGAGUUUGACUCGGUUCUCACAAUGGAAGUGCAGCUAGUGGUUGGCAUUAAGACUGCCACGAGGGGCGUGUUAAUCCUGCAGUUUAAACAUUGCCUUAUCUACUAAACGGCAUUGUUUGAUAUUGUCAUUUUAAACUAAAGUCCAGCUGCGGUGGUCCUUAGUGGUCAUUUAAGUACAGUGCAUUAAGAAAGUAUUCAGACCCCUUAAUUUUUACAGUUUUUAUGUUAUUUUAUUUUUUAUUUAUUUUACAGUUGUUUAAAUAUUUUUUUUCCACAUCAUUCUAUACACAUUAACCUUAUAAUGGCAAAGCAAAAAACUGAUUUUUGAAAUCUUUGCAAAUAUAUUAUACAGUAAAACACUGAAAUAUCACAUAGUCAUAAGUAUUCACACCCUAAAGUCAGUAUGUAGUUGAAGCACCUUUGGCAGGGAUUACAGGCUCAAGUCUUUUUGGGCAUGAUGCAACAAACUUUGUACUCCUGGAUAUUGGUUGUUUCUGUCGUUCAUUUCUGCAGAUCCUCUCAUGCUCUGUCAGGUUUGAUGAGGACCUUCCAUGAGCAGCCAUUUUCAGAUCUCUGCAGAGAUGUUUCAUUGGGUUCUCAAUAACAUUCACAGAGUUGUCCCUAAGCUACUCUUGCAACGUCUUGGCUGCAUGCUUAUGGGUUAUUGUCCUGUUUAAGACGAACCUUCAGCCCAGUCUAAGGUCCUGAGAGCUCUGUACCAGGUUCCCCUUAAGGAUAUCUUUUUAUUUUGCUACGUUCAGCUUUCCCUCAACCCUGAUCCAUCUCCCACCCCCUGCUGCUGAAAAACCACCCCCAAAUCAUGAUGCUAUGACCACCAUUCUUCACCAUUUGGAUGGUAUUGUGACAUAAUGUUUUGAAAUAAAGCCAAGUGGUUCAAUCUUUGCUCAAUCAGACCAGCAAAUCUUGCUCUUAUGUCAAUUUCAUGGUUGAGUAAGGAUAGGGUUCCAUCUGAACAUUCUGACAUUAAGGCCAGAUCUCUGGAGUGUUGCAAUGAUAGAUUUCAUUUCACAAGUUUCUAUCAUCUACACAAACGAUCUCUGGAGCUCACCCAGAGUGAUUAUCGAGUUGUUGGUCAUAUCUCUUACCAAGACCCUUCUCCCGCUAUUGCUCAGUUUUCCAGACAGCCGGCUCUAAGAAGAGUACUGGUUGUUUCAUACUUCUUCCAUUUAAGAAAUACGGAGGACACUUGUUUUUUUUCCUUCUGAAAUACAUUUACAGAUGUGAGACUGUAUAUAGGAAGCUGUGUGUCUUUCCUAAUUGUGCCCAAUAAAUGUAAUUUGCCACAGGUGGACUCCAAUCAAAGUGUAGAAACAUCUCAAAGAUGGUUUAGAAAAAUGGCAUGAAUCUGAGCUAUACUGUAUGUGUCAUAAAAGGAUGUGAAUACUUAUGUCAUUGUGAUAUUUCAGUUUUUCUUUUUAAUAAAUUAAUUCAGGAAGAAGGUCCAUAAGAUAAAUUAGUUAGCAAUUGCUCAUCCCAAUAAAGGUACAAUAAAAAAACAGAGCACACUGCAAGAAUGUUGAAAACAAUGUAUUAUAAAAAAUAUGAGAUCUUCUUAAUUAUAUCUCUCUUUAUAUAAAGCUUUAUUUAUUUAUUUUCCUCUGUAUUGUAUAAUGGUUUGAAAUUAUAUAAUUUAUAUAUAUAAUCCAUUUUUUUCCCCCCUCUAUAUUGUAUAAUGGUUUGAAAUUUGUUACGAGCACAUAUGGAUUAAUUGAAUUCGGAUUCUGAUCUCAAUUGCGUUUACUAAAUUACACUCAUUUAUAUACCCCACUUUAGUUUGUUUCUCAAAUUAAAUAAUUUUUGAUUCCCAUAUUCUGGGAAAUCUGAGAAGUAUUUUGACAUAUCUAAAAAUUUCGGUUUAUGAGUAUUGACUAAAACGUGGAAAUUGUGAUGAAAUUAAAUUUAGAUUUCCAAUACGUAAGACAGAAAACCUUGGCUUGCAUUGAAAAGAGGAGUUAAGGAAUUUGUUAGAUUUCCACUUCAACUUAGUUUUCUUAUUUAUAAAUAAUCCUAAUCCCCUUAAUAUUCAAUUUUGGUGCUUUCCAUUCCUUCCUAACCAAACAGUCUUUCUGUGUUGCUUGCUAUAGCAACUAAUUACCCCGACGUGUGAGGAUUGAGAAUUACUCUGGCUUGCCAGCAAUCCUGUUAUUUUCGAGUUAGUAAAAUUUACGGUUACCGGGACAAUGAGGCAUGAAUGAAUAAAACGUGUGGUUCCCAAGCACUUUGUCACCAGCCGUAAAUGAUGCUUUAUAUCUCUGAUAAAUGUAUCUCUGGGUGGAGAGAAGGUCACUUGUACAGGUCAUCCCUUACUUGUAUCUUGGCCAUGUUCCUUGUUUGUUAUGGAGUGACUCCAAACCUUUUAAUAUGGUGUCUUUCAAGAAGAAGGGAAAAUCAUAUAUUUUUGUUAUCAAACAUUGGUGUUAGAACAUUUCAGCACAUCUUAAAGGGAAUAGUCAUAUUUUUUUUCUGGAUUUGUUGUGGUGACAAAUCUUGCUCUGUAAAGUAAUGUCCUCAGAUUCUCAGUAGUGUUUUUGAGGACAUUCAUUCCACCAACUUACAAAAUGGAAAAUAGAUUUCAGUGCAUACAGAGGUGUCAGAGAUUUUGACAUUCAUGUGUUGAAACGUUGCCAUUUUUUUGAAUAAAGUUGAGAUCCAACUGAGUGUCUGGGAACAUUACAUUAUUGGACUAUUAAGAGUUUCCUAAUCUAACGCCACAGCUCCGGAGGUAAGUCGGUGGAGUGUUGAGGAAUCUCCAGGAAAGCAGUGUAUGACAAACAGACCUUGGGAAGAACUACAUUGUGAUAAAUUGUGGGUUAGUUGAGACUUAUCAAAACUUACAUAGCCUCCUAACAUCAGUGGCAACCCAGUGGGCAGGGUAAAAGGGGGCAGGCCGGUGAUGCAAAUUACUUCACUGGUGCAGCCCAAAAUGAGCAAACCCACCCAGAAUAGGGCCGUAUCCACCCAAAUAACUGGCAUGCCAGGCUACCUGCCAAUCAUACAGGCCAGCACACUGAAAGCAGACAAUGCAGUGAGAUUUGUUUUAGUGCUCUCCACGGAAUCCUAUUGCCUUUGGUGUAGCGCGAGUGUGUUUAAUGAUAUGUUUACGUUAUACUUUUUUGGGACAGUUCCUUUGUGUCCCCAAAAGUGGGACACCAAGGAACACACCCAGGACAGCGGGACAGGGCCCUAAAACCUAAACCAGGGCUAAGCAAUCUUCGACACUCCAGAUGUUGUGGACUACAUAACCCAUGAUGCUUUGACAGCAUUAUGGCUGUAAGAACAUUAUGAGAGAUGUAGUCCUCAACAUCUAGAAUACCAAAGGAUGCCUGCAUCUAAACUGUGACCUAAAUCAGGAUGAUUGGGAGACUCGAAACAUAUCAAAACUGAUUUCCAAUUUUACACUAUAAUCAUUAACAUUUCAAGAGCUCAUUUGUUCCCUCUAUCAGUGCAGUUCUUUGUACAUAAAUAGAUCAAUGUCUUUACACAAAAGCACUAGUUGAAAGUUAUUGUGGGCAGACACUCAUUGCAGCUACUGAUGGUAUAACCCUAAACAUAGUAAAGUUGGUAACAAACAUUCUUAUACUGAUAAAAGCUGGGCAGAUAAAAAAAAAAAGUAAUGUAUGUAGAGCUGAAAAAAAGGUUUAACUUGCUUUAUGUAUGGCAUUUUAGUGAUACAUUUGGGCUCAGGGCUGCCAUAUGGUACACUCACAAACAUGUGUACACACACACUCUCACACCCAGACAGAUACACACUGCCAGAGACAUACACAACAACUCCCAGACACACACACAUACCCAACUCCCAGACACACGCGCAUACCUAACUCCCUGACACACACAUAUCCAACUCCCAGGGAUACACGCGCAUACACAACUCCCUGACACACGCGCAUACCCAACUCCCAGACACACGGACAUACCCAACUCCCUGACACACAUAUAUCCAACUCCCAGACACACACGCGGAUACACAACUCCCAGACAUACACAUAUCCAACUCCUAGACACACGUGCAUACCCAACUCCUAGGCAAACGCAUACACAACUCGCAGACAUACACAACUACUAGACACACACACACUAAUACACAACUCACAGAGUUGCAUGGCAAAAUGUAUGCUUUUCCCAUUUUUAGUCACCCUGGCAUCUAGGAAAGCGAGGCUGGGGCAGGUACACAGCUCUUCUUGAACAUUGGGGGAUAUGGUAUGACAUCACAUUCUCCUAUGAUGUGAAUAAAUAUUGGAGCUGUCAGUAGAGUGACCUGCUCAGUUGGAGAGCUGCAGUCGCUACCUUAUUAAAUGAGAUUUAAAAAAAUAAUACGAAAAUGCCUGUUCAUCCAACAGUGAAUGGUGAUGUGUUUGCAAUUAAUUUUAAACAUUUAGGUUGAAGUAACAGAAUGCUACAGAGUGGAAAUAAUUAUGUGGCAAAAGAGGAAUUUGUCGGAAAUGUGAAAUUAAAUGUAAAUUGUAUUAACACUGUCUGACUUAUUCAUCUAGUUCUUUAUUGUGUCUCCUUUUUAGGCUGGCAGUGAUGGUGAGAGUGUUGGCAACUGUCCGUUCUCCCAGCGUUUAUUUAUGAUCCUUUGGUUGAAAGGGGUAAUAUUUAACGUGACCACCGUGGACCUGAAGAGGUAAUUACCUAAAACAGUGCAUUUAAAAGUAGAAUGGACUUUUGUUGUUGCUUUGAGCAUUUUAGUGACAAAGGAAAAUAGUUAAGAGUGUCAAAUAAUUACGAGGGCAUUGUAGAGGAAAGAAGGUAUUUACGGGGGUCAUAGAUAUUUACGGGGGUCAUGCGUGCAGGAGAUAGGGGAAAGAAAAGGUAAGUGAUACACUAGUGCAGGAGUAGGCAACCUUUGGUAUGUUAAGGGAGAUUAUUUGCCCCAUAAGGCUCCUACAGCCUGAAAUUUUUGCAUUAAAAUAUCGGGAAUGUAAUCCAGAAUAUCUGGACUGCACAAGGUUGCCUACCCCUGCACUAUAAACACUGGAUCUUUAUGGCUGCAGUGAGAGAUGGGUGAGCAGUUCAUUUCUCUUAAAGCAUUAAAAUAUUUUAUUGCAUAAGGACAUGUUAGCACUUAACAUGAACCUGUAAUUACAUGUUUACAAGUCUCACACACUGCUCAACAUGCAAUCAUUGUGACAAAAACUGUAUGUUACAUUGUAGUCGGGGAGAGAGCGCAGGUAAACUUUUCAUUUGGGCUGUUUAUUGAUUGACGUUAAGCAAUACUAAGUAAUAUAGCCAUUGCACCUAUCCAAUGGGAUUUUGAGCAGAGGGCUAAUAUCUGUGUUCUAGUGGUUGUUGAGAUUUUUUUUUUUUUAUAGAUUUGUAUAGAUUUUUAUUUUGUACAGUUGACAAUCUAAAUAUGUGGGGGGUUUUUAAGUCUCUAAUAUAUUUUGUUUAUAAAUUUAUAUUUUGUUGAUUUAUAUUUAUGCGUGUGAAACACACUAGUAUGCAGCUGCUUGUUUUAUGUUUUUAGGUAAAAUCAUUGGGCAGUAAUUGACACUGUUGUACGCAGCUUGCAGACCUAUUUUUAUUUAAAUGACAGUAGGCAAAGCAAACCAAACUACUAGUUAUUCAAAUGAGUUAAAUAUCUUUUUCAUUUAUUUGUAAGAUUCAACGUUGACUUAUUAUAAGGUCGUACCACAGCUUCAUAAUACACAUCAGUAAAAUAUUUUUCAUUUUAGGUGCUAUUUCUCUUUCAUUUCAGAAGAUAGGAUAAUUAUUUGGCUGUAGAGCUAUUUCACACCGAAGGAGCAGUAGAGCAUUAGAAAUAGAAAACUAUAUAUAUUUUUUUUAAUUCUUUAUUUAAGAGAGUCAGUCAAAUAGAAAUACAAUGUACAUCUAUAAUAGAAUAAGCAUGUGUUUAACAUAGGACAGAUAAUAUGCUUAAUAAAUAAUAAUUUGAAUUUCUUCUUCUUACUGUGUCUCUUAUUGAGAUAUUAUGUUUCAGUUGUAUUAAGAUCAUAAUUCUGCUCUCAUAAUUUUAACAAGUAAAGAAUUUUAAAAACUGCCUCAGUCCUUAGCCUUAGGUGAGUGAGCCCCCUCCGUGACAAUGAGAGGCUUAAAAACCCUCUUUUCACUUACCUUCACGCCAGUGGAGGACUUAGUGCAUUUGUGCUCCAAGCACCGAAAACACAUUAGACCUCUCCCAUAAUAAAGCAUUGAAGCAAUGCUUUCCUUGGAGAUUUUGAAAGACAAAGCAUUACCUUUUGUGUCACUAUACCCAACUCCCUCUAUCAUGUAAGCUCAUUGAGCAGGGCCCUCAACCCCUCUGUACCCGUUCGUCCAGAUUGUCUGGUUACAAUUACGUGUCUGUUAGUCCACACAUUGUACAGCGCUAUGGAAUUUGCUGGCUCUAUAUAAAUAAUAUAAUAAUAAUAAUGAAGACGUCCAACAUCGUUUCACAGAGUGAAACUUCAAGAAGUGCUCUAGUGGCUGUCUGGAAAACAGACACUAGAGUUUAUCUUAACCCUGCAAUGUAAACAUUGCAAUGAGAUGAAGUGGUCUCGGUGCCUAUAGGAUCCCUUUAAUUAAUAAGAAAAGGGAAAAGGACAGUGGCACAAGUAAAUUUCUUUGAUAAUACCAAAAAUGUUUUAUGGAUAAAGUAUACCGAUCGGAAAGAAUAAUUAAAACCCAUAUAUUUGUUUCCACAGUCACUAACACCCUUGUGCCAUCUCUGCAGGAAACCAGCAGACUUGCAGAACCUGGCUCCUGGAACAAAUCCUCCUUUUAUGACGUUUGAUGGCGAAGUAAAAACAGAUGUUAAUAAAAUAGAAGAAUUCUUGGAGGAAAAACUUACAGUGCCAAGGUAUGUUUUUUAACAGAGAUCCAGAGCAGCGUCUGGGGCUGAGUGUAGGGGGAAGAAAAAAAGCCUGCGUGCAAGCCUUUGAUGGUCCAUGCGACAUGAACCUUCGUACCGUCUUUUACGUCCCGUUUAGUUUAUUGUUCUCAGAGGUUUUUUGUUUUUUUUCCCCCAACAUUCUUUUUUUAUUCAGCAAAAUAUAUGACUGAAGUCCUAAGUAAUGACAGCACCUGUGCACAAACAGCAAGGAAAACACAGUUCUAAUCAAAUAAAUCAUUAUUCACAACUGGUCCAAUGUGAGUUGUAAGAAGGGAUAAUCAUGGAAGGGACAUGGGAUAUUAUGAUAUAAAUAAUAGAACUGUGGGUGAUUUAACUCUGCAAAGUGCGGGUAAACAUCUCUAUACCUUAAGGCUUAGAGUGCAAACUGUAACAAAAUGCAGCUAAUACAUAACCUGUAUGAGAGGUUUUCAAUUAAACAUAAUGUAGUGCUGUAUAAAUAAGUUUAAUUUAGAAUGUUGUGCGUAUGUAUAAAUUAUAUAUGUUAAAGGGACAUUUUAAGCACUAUAACCACUUCAGCAGCAUCCACUGGCUGAUGAUCACUGCCAAUGAGUAAUGUCCAAAGUAGAUAGGCAUUGGAAUGCUAAUGCAUAAAUUUGAACUUUAGCAUAGCUUUGCAGAACAGGACUGUUUGGCAGCCGAAUUGAGCAAAGUAAGUGUCAAAUCAUUCAUAAGUGGACUGAUUGACAGCUUACCCUUGAACAAUGUCAACAGACUUGAGGCACCAUUGCCACUAGAGUGCGCAGGAGUGGUUAUGGUACUUAGAAUAUCCAUUCAAGGAACAAUCAAGCUCACAUGAGCUUGAUUAGUGUGAGCAGGUUCUGGAAGAUGGUUUCGGCAAUCAUGUGGACAUAAUUUAGAGUAAAUUAUGUGUAUGUAACUAUAUGGUGGUGAAAAUGCGUAUCCUCGGGUUUAUAACUAAAUAUAUAAUCUAUUCCAUUGUGCUUCCCCUCUAGCGAUCUAAGGGCUAUUUUUAAGAAGGGAGGGACUACCCAUUAUUUAAACUGCUAGAUUUAUAUGCAGUAUAUGUUACUACCUGUCCCCUCUACCUUCCUCUCUAUAACUGCUCUAUAUUUUAUAAUCUAUUCAUAGAUAUGUCAUUGAGCACUCUAAGCAUCAUGAUAUCUAUGCUCCAUACUUUCUAAUUUCUCUCCAACUAUAUAGUCGCUUAGUUUGAAUAUAUAACUUGUAUUUUUUUUGGGAGGCAAUUGUUCUGUGUAUAUACCCCUUAUUAACAUAUAUAUUUUGUUUUUGAGGGGGCACUCUGUCUAAACAUUACAAUUGUUUGCCAAUUCUUCACUAUAUAUGCUACCUCGAAUAUAGGAGCGUUUGACCAUUUUGUAUGGUUUGAAUUAACUUUAAAAUAUAAGUGCUUCUGCACUACUAGAGGUAAUAUUUAAGUGAUAGCCCUAUUUACUUCUUGCCGUCCCUUAUUUUGGUUGGUAUACCAGACUUACUAGGAUAGCACUGCAGAAGCCCAUAGAGCCAGCCUAAAUAAAGCUCAGAGGGGAUAUCUGCUGCUAAGAAUAUGCUGGUGAUACCGUUAUACCACUCAGGGAUUAUGGGACAUUUUUGUAUCUACCUGACUUUUUAAACUCACACUUUAUUGGGACAUCUCAGUCCUUGAAUCCAAUGUAUAUAGCAUAUUGUUAUUAGGCUGCUGUACAUUUCCAGGUAACACAACUAGGCACAUUUGUCUUUUGGCAUUGUGACUAGCAUUUUAUGUUAUUCUCCCCCUUUGUUUCAUUAAAUAUAUAAUCUAACACUAAAAACAGGGAGCAGUGAAAAUAACCUAACCUGGCCAGAAAGCCUCCAAAAUACAUGGGUAGAGAGUAGAAGCAAAUCACUGUGUGCACAAAGUCAACUUCAGAGCAAAGCGAACAAACAUCUUCCGAUAACGAUGGGCGAGGCGAUUGCUGCACUUAUUAUUAUUUAUAUAGCGCCAUCAGAUUCCGUAGCGCUGUAUUAUCUUAUUAUUAAUAAUAAGCUUAUUAUCGGAGACAUAAAGGCCAGGCCCCACGUGUUCCUAGAAAUUAAGAAUUAUCGUUACUGGGUGUGUUGUAAUUUCCUGCAGACAAGACAUUCCAUAAUGGCAGUCUCCUGGUCCAGCAAAUUAAAGGUUUAGCAUGCAGAUCGACAGAGUCAUUCUCAGCCAGAAUGUAUGAGCAGCCUGAACUCUAGUUACAUUCAUCUGGGCCUCUGUGGCGUAUAGCAAAGUGGGGAACCUAAGUGGUAGGCCUUAAUCUCUGGCAGAUAUUGAUGGCCCACGGAUUGUAAAUGGUUCUGACUCCAGUAAUCUAUAACUAUGUACCAUUGCUACAGCUCCACCUACUGUCUGACAAAUAUACUUCUUGGAUACAAUAACUAUGAUGUAUGAUAUAAUAGAUUGUCCUGCUGUAAGGUGCUUCGGUAUGGAGGCCAUCUUGACACUCUUACAUAAACUAGAAUUUCUCUAAAAUAAAAAACUUUAUAAAUAUUUUAUUGAUGGCAUCCACACAAGGGGUUAAAUGAAAGAGAAUCUAAGGCAUGAGACGUCAGAAAUCCAGUUUAUUGACAAUUUUAGGUAGUUCCAAGAGUACCUAUAUACCAAGCCACUUCAUUCUAUGUCAAGACCAGAAAUUGACUAGAUCUAGCCUCCAAGCUAGGUAUAACUUGGAGGAAAGACGAGACGGGGGGGAUAUGAUAUAAACAUUUACAUACAUAAAGGGAAUCAACACAGUAAAGGAGGAGACUAUAUUUAACCCUUUAAGGACCAAACUUCUGAAAUAAAAGGGAAUCUUGACAUGUCACACAUGUCAUGUGUCCUUAAGGGGUUCAAAGAAGAAAAACUACUACAACAAGAGGACAUAGUCUUAAAUUAGAGGGGCAAAGGUUUAAAAAUAAUAUCAGGAAGUAUUACUUUACUGAGAGGGUAGUGGAUGCAUGGAAUAGCCUUCCAGCUGAAGUGGUCGAGGUUAACACAUUGAGGGAGUUUAAGCAUGCGUGGGAUAGGCAUAAGGGACUAAUAAAAGCAUUUUGAAAAUUGUGCAGACUAGAUGGGCUGAAUGGUUCUUAUCUGCCGUAACAUUCUAUGUUUCUAAUGUUACAACACAGUCUUUAAAAUACUUGUCCUCCCCAUUGAAAUGUUUGUUUUGUAUAAAACACAGAUACAUUAGGGUCCAGCUCUAGCAUUUUUCAGGCCCUGUUCUAUAGCCAGUAACCUUUUUGUAUCUCAUUAUAAGUUUAAGUGAAAUAGCAAAAAUAGAUUUCCUUAAGUAAUGUAUGCUGACCAAAGUGUUUUUGUCCAGUAUAGCCCGCAUUAUGCUUUUCUGACCCAUGUUUAAUAUUUUAUAAAGGUAUCCCAAGCUUGCAACAAAACACCCAGAAUCCAAUUCAGCAGGAAAUGAUGUGUUUGCAAAAUUCUCAGCUUAUAUAAAGAACCCCAGAAAAGAUUUAAAUGAAAGUAAGUAUUUAUGUAACCUGCAUAUAACUGUUACAUAAAAGAUAAAGUUUUUAUGCAUUGCCCAAAUUAAUAUGUGCGUUUUAUUUGAACCACUUUACACGAGUUCUAUAGUGUGAGAUAUUAAAGGGACAGCAUCAUAAAAAAAGUGUAUUUUUCUUUUCUUUUUCUAUUUUGCUUAUCAGUUUCCACACUGCUGUGGAAUAUAGAUAGAAUGUGUUAUAAUAAGUGUUUGCACCUAUUAAUUGUGGUUAACUCCUUAAGGACCAAAUUUCUGGAAUAAAAGGGAAUCAUGACAUGUCACACAUGUCAUGUGUCCUUAAGGGACACUAUAGUCACUAGAACAAUUUCAGCUUAUUGUAUUUGUUCUGGUGAGUAUAACCUGUCCCUUCAGGCUUUUUGCUAUAAAACACUGUAUUUUCAGAGAAAAUGCAGUGUUUACAUUACAGCCUAGAGAUAACUCCACUGGCCACUCAGAUGGCUACUAGAGAUGCUUCCUGGAGCCGUGUUACACACUGUGCAGCACUGACAUUGGGGCGGGGGCUCGUGGGCUAGAUGGUGCUUUUAACACUAAAAGGUCAGGAAUACAUGUUUGUGUUCCUGACCCUAUAGUGUUCCUUUAAACACAAGUUGAGACACAUAUCUCAACUUAGGGAGCACUGUGUUAAACAUGGUGGGGUUGCUUUGUAACAAGUGCCCCGGCAAGUCCAAUGCAAACUGUAAAUGUUUGUGCGUGUCAGGGUAACACAGUGCCAGGUUAGUAUUCGCCUCAGUGCAUCAAGCUUCAUCCAGUUUUAGCUCAUGAGUUAAAAAUUACAGAUUUGGGUAGGAGUUAGAACUCCUCCAUAAAUUCUGCAAUUUACUCAAACACUCACAUUGCAAUUGAUGAUUUCCAAGUCUUUUUACCCUAACUGGAGUCAAAUAUUUCAGGGCUUAGUAAGUCAUUUGCACUACAUUAUGUCCUUUCAGAGAUGGUACCCAUCAGUUGGAUGUGGACCUGCGUCUUGUGCUUACCAAAGUGGUGCAUUUUUAGUCUACAUGUACAUAAUUUAGUUAUACAAUCCUAUGUAUUCAGAGAGAGCUCAAUUUACAAGAAAAGUAUUAAUAAAUGUAACAUAUUAUAGAUAAUUUUUCAUUUUCUUUUGAUUCAUCUAUUUUCCUAGCUGUUUAAAUAUAUAAAUAUUGUAUUUAUCUGCUUUAGAAAUAUAUGCCACUGUUGAAAUUAUAUUAUUCUUCCCAUUACAGCUUUAGAAAAAAAUUUGCUGAAGUCCUUAAAGAAGCUGAAUGACUAUCUGAACUCACCUCUGCCGGAUGAGAUUGAUGCUUACAGUACGGAAGAUGUCACAAUUUCAAAGAGGAUGUAUUUAGAUGGUGAUGACCUCACAUUAGCGGACUGUAACCUCUUACCAAAGCUUCAUAUCAUUAAGGUUAGUGUUUGUUCUGAGAUAAAUAUAAACAUUAUAAAUGUAUAAUAUUAUAUAAUUAUUAUAUACAUAUAAAUAAGUAUAAAAGGGUAUAAAAUAAUAAAUACAUUAUAUAAAUAUUAUAUAAUAUAAAAAUUAUAUUUUUGAAACAAGUAGAAAAUAUUACUGUUACAUCAUCUUCAUGACAAAUGUUUCCCAUGUUCAUUAAAAUGUUUGCAUGUCAAAUAACGACUUAAUACAAACUGACUCUAAAAUUACCAGUUAUUCACUAAAGUGAGAAUUCCAAGUGAAUAUCAUAUUUAAGACCAGCAUAGCAUAGUCAAACUAAAAUAAGAGUUAGCGUAGUACAUUUUUACAUUUUGGUGUUUUUGAGGUUAAAUUUGAAAUUCACUUUGAAUUCUUACUUUGGUAAAUAACCCUGUAAAUGAUAAAAUUAUAAGGCGAUGUCACAAGCAGAGUUAUUGUCAAAAGUGGGAAUGUCAAGGAAUAUCUGUCACUAGAGUCGUACCCCAACACGCAGGAAAGAGGAAACCCUCAAAUAGAGGACCAGAAAGACGUAUUACCGAGCCUUAGAAUGGCCGGACUUAACAUAUUAAUUCAACAAGAAACAGAGUCAAGACAGAGCCAGGGUCAGGAUACCAGAAAUUAUGAGCCAAAUAAGAACCCAGGGUCAGGAUACCAGAAAGUAAGAGUUAAUUACAAAGCCGGGGUCAGGAUACCAGAAAUUACGAGUCAAAUAAGAAGCCAGGGUCAGGAUACCAGAAAGUAAGAGUUAAUUAGGAAGCCGGGGUCAGGAUACCAGAAAGUAAGAGUUAAUUACGAAGCCGGGGGGCAGGAGACCAGAAAGUAAGAGUUAAUUACGAAGCCGGGGUCAGGAUACUAGAAAUUACAAGUCAAUUACAAAGCCGGGGUCAGGAUACCAGAAAUCACAAGUCAAUUACGAAGCUGGGGUCAGGAUACCAGAAAUCACAAGUCAAAUACGAAGCCGAGGUCAGGAUACCAGAAAUCACGAGUCAAAUACGAAGCCGAGGUCAGGGUACCAGAAAUCACGAGUCAAAUACGAAGCCGGGGUCAGGAUACCAGAAAUCACAAGUCAAAUACGAAGCCGCGGUCAGGAUACCAGAAAUCACGAGUCAAAUACGAAGCCGAGGUCAGGAUACCAGAAAUCACGAGUCAAAUACGAAGCCGAGAUCAGGAUACCAGAAAUCACGAGUCAAAUACGAAGCCGAGGUCAGGAUACCAGAAAUAACAAGUCAAAUACGAAGCCGAGGUCAGGAUACCAGAAAUCACAAGUCAAAUACGAAGCCGAGGUCAAACACAGGAAAUCACAAGGGAAUCACUAGGAGCACGAAACGAGGAUCUAAACAGAAAUCAUGAUAGGGCAAUGAAUGGAGGCUAAUACAAGCCUUAAAUAGGCUCAAAAGAGUUCCCAUUGGUCCACGUCAUCUCUGCGAGCCCAAGCAGCAUUGGGUCGCCUUGAUGAUGUGGUCCCUUUAAGGUAAUGACGUCAUGGGUUUAUAUUUUAUUUUUAGGGAUUGUAGAGGGAACCGUUCGCGGGACCAAACGUAAGAAUUCUAUUCAGGCCGCGCGGCCCGAAUGUUCCACGUGGCCAUGCAGCCACGCAGUGCACUCUACCCGCUUUGCCCAAAGAUCGGCGCCGGCUAAAGGUAAGUUUGUGACAAUAUAAAAAUUAAUUUCAAAAGUUCUAUUUAAAGAUUAUUAAAGCAGUGACAGCGCCGCUUUAAGAUUUGGUGGACCAGAAGGGAAUAAUCAUAUGUAUCAAACAAUGAGUGGUAAACUCAGUCUACAGUGGGGGCUGAGAGAAUUCAAAGAUUGUACAAUGGCCAGGCCGUGUGGACAUACAAUGCUUACAGAGAUACUAUGGACAUGUGGAAAGCAAAGAGACUGCAUGGUGCUGUGUUCAGCACAGAAGCAAUAUGGAGGAGUAUAUAUAGAAACAGUAGGGACAUAUGAUGUACAGACACUAUCGAACUUUAAUGGGCAUGGAAUCUAUAUGGAGAUAGAGUGGCCAUGAUAAUGUGUGCAUUACUGUACAGAAAUGUACUGUAUAGAAAUGUGUUGGCUACACAGAUUGUUUGGAGAAGCAGUGGGAAUAGAAACUGUAUAGAAAGCUGUGGCGAGUUUAGAACGUGUGGAUUUAAGGUGGCCAUUGGAAUAUAGCAGAUAUGGUAUAAAUACAAUAUGGAGAUAUGGAAGUACAGAGAUACCAAAGUAUUGAAUAAAAAGGGGGGUUGGAUAUCCUAAUGUCCAACCCCAUCCCACCCAGGGGCUUAGGGUGGGAGUUUUUAAAAUAAAGGGGGUGGAUAUGUUACCGUCUUCAAGAAGUAACUAAAGGAUCUAGUAUGGAGAACGUGGUUAGGAAAGCAAAACAAUAUGGAAGAGAUGGAUCUUUCACAGAUGUAAUGGCAGAAACAGUAUGGAACCCGAUGGAACUGGCAGUAUGGAGAUGUAGCAAGUACGGAGAUAAUUUGAGUAUGUGAUGGUCCAGAGGAUGCAGACUGUGUGAAGUUGUUAAACCAGACAUUUGAUCAGGUCUUUGGCAAUGUACUGAUUUCAUGAGAAUUAAAACAACUGAAAAUUAUUAGGAGAAGGAUGUUGAAGUAUGCGGUCACAUUGUUUUUUCAAUUUGUUUUCUAGGUUGCAGCCAAAAAGUUCAGAAACUUCGAGAUCCCGUCUGAAAUGACUGGAAUUUGGAGAUACUUAAACAAUGCUUAUGCCAGGGAUGAAUUCACCAACACAUGCCCAGCAGAUACUGAAAUCGAAUUUGCCUAUUUUGGUGUUGCCAAAAAAACAAAUCUACAAGACAAAUAAAUAUUGGUUUUCAGAGCAAAAUGGAUAGGGGGGUUGGUUUCAUCUAUAUGGGCCUUUAAACUGAGAACACAUCAACCAGAUAAUCAACGACUCUCCUGUCUUGUUAAUCUGUCUUUGUAGCACGUAUAGCCGCCACUGAAAAUCCACUAUAACUCCCAUCACCCCUAGCUAUGCAUAGCUACAUUAUUAUGGGUGUUGAAGUCUGUGGUUUCAUAUCAGUGAACAAUGGGACUCGACUGUGAAGUUAUAUAGAUAUCAUUAAUGUUCCCAUUAUGUUUCCAAGUUAUAUAAUUUAUAGCCUGCAUUACCCAAAUAGCUUAAUUUAUCAACUUUUUAUCAUAAUUAUUAUGUAAACACCAGGUAUAAAAACUGUUGAAACCUACACAGGGUUCCUUGCUAAAGUGCAACGUUUUGCAUUGUACUCACAUAGAAUACCAUAUUACCACUAUAGUAACCAUGGGUUUGCUUAUAUUUGUAAAAUUGUUCUUAACAAGUCACUGUAGAUUGAAUAAAAAUAGUACAAGUUCAACAUUUUGGUCAGAAUAGAAGUAGGGAAAUGUACCGAUCUGGUGAUUUUCUUCCAAUUUUGUUGUUUUGGUUAAAAUUUACUUCUCAUUUGUUAAUUUUCUAAAUAACGAUUUAGUGAUUAAACCCUAAUAAGACAUCUGACCUUUAAUAGCUAUGCUACACCUACUAAUGUACAAACAGGGUUAUUUACCAUAGUGAGAAUUGUCAGAAAUUCAAAGUGAAUUUCAAAUUUAAAAGGACAUUCUAAGCACACAAAAAACGUCAGCUAAAUGAAGCAGUUGAGUGUAUAGAACAUUCCCCUGUAGUCUCACUGCUCAAUUAUCUGCCAUUUAGGAGUAAAAUAACUUUGUUUCUGUUUAUGCAGCCCUAGCCACACCUCCCCUGGCUGUGACUCACACAGGCUCAAUGAAAAAAAAGGUUUCAUUUUUAAUCAUAUUUUACAGCACAGUGUGUUUACUUUUAUUUCCUGUUCUUUCUACUGAAAUCUAAUCACACUUGAGGCGCCUGCAUGUUAUUAAAGCAAUACUGCAGGCACCAAAACAAUGUUAGCUUAAUGAAGCAGUUUUGCUGUAUAGAUCAUGCUAUUACAGUCUCAAUGUUCAAUUCUCUGUUAAAUUUAGUUGAAUCACUUUGUUUAUGCAGCCCUAGUCACACCUCCCUUGCAUGUGACUCACAAAGCCUCCCUUAAAACGUCAUGGAAAGAGAGGUAUAAUGUUGAAGCUUGCUUUAUUUUACAGUGUGUUCAUUUUAUAAUUUCUUGCCUCCUGCUCUGUUAAUAGCUUACAGGAGCCUCUUUUGUGUGAUUAAAGUUCAAUUAACAAAGCAGGAGAUAAAAACCACUAAAGUAAGUUAAAGGACCACUGUAGUGCCAUGAAAACAUACUCGUUUUCCUGGCACUAUAGUGCACUGAGGGUGCCCCCACCCUCAGGGACCCCCUCCCGCCAGGCUCUGGGGAGAGGAAGGGGGUUAAACUUACCUCUUUCUCCAGCGCCGGCGCUCUCCUCCCUCUUCUCCUCCUCUUCGGCUGAAUGCGCAUGCGCGGCAGGAGCCGCGCGCGCAUUCAGCCAUUCCAUAGGAAAGCAUUCACAAUGCUUUCCUGUGGAUGCUUGCAUCUUCUCACUGUGAUUUUCACGGUGAGAAGCACGCAAGCGCCUCUAGCGGCUGUCAAGAGACAGCCACUAGAGGCUGGAUUAACCCUAUUAUAAACAUAUCAGUUUCUCUGAAACUGCUAUGUUUAUAAAAAAAAAAAAGGGUUAACCCUAGCUGGACCUGGCACCCAGACCACUUCAUUAAGCUGAAGUGGUCUGGGUGCCUAUAGUGGUACUUUAACAUCUGAUUAAAAAUGAAACUAUUUUGUAACGCAGGCUGUGUGAGUCUCAGCCAGGGGAGGUAUAGCUAGAGCUGCACAGAUAGAAACAAAAGUGAUUUAACUCCUAAAGGGCAGAGAAUUGAGCAGUGAGACUGCAUGGGGUUGACAUAUACACUAAAACAGCUUCAUUAAACUAACGUAAUAUUAAAGUUAACACACUGUGCAAUAAAUUAAGUUUGAAAAUUGUACCUCUCUUUACAGGAAGUGUGUAGGGAGGCUCUCUGAAUCUCAGCUAGGGGACAUGUGACAUGGGCUGCAUAAACACAGUGAUUUAACUCCAGAAAAUUGGGCAGUGAGACUUCAGGGACGUGAUUUAUACAUUAAAACCAAGUUGUUUUGGGGCUGAGAGUGUCCCUUUAAGGCCAAAAUAGCUGAGUUGGAAAAAAUCUCGAAGCCAGCAAAGCAUCCAAUUCGGUUAUUUUGAUCUAAAAUGUAAAGGUCACUUUGAAUUCACUCUGAACUCUAGACUAUUCUCACUUCAGUGGAAAUCCCUGAUUGUGUCACUUUGUGCCUUAUGCCUCCAUUUAAUAAGCUUUUCCAAAGGAUUCAAUACUGUUAGAAAAAAUCCAAAUGAUUUUCCACAAAAAUUCCUAUAAAUAUUAAUGGUGAUUAAUGUAGCUUAACUUAGUUGGACACUUUUCUAGGAGUAUUACAUCGUUUGGAAACUUAUUAAAAUGAGGCCUUAGUCAGAGACACCAAUUAAGGCUUUUCAUAUUUUCAUAAUGCAUGAUGGUAGAUGUAGAUAGAAAAUGAAACAUGGACCAAUCAGCAGAAACAUACCAUAGGUUACUAUGAUGAUCACUCAACUUUAAAAACAUUCCAGAACUGGCUUUAUACUGUACAUAAUCCGCAUUAUUCUAAAAGUAACUCAGUCGCCAUGGAAACCAAUGUAAUGUUUCUACUGAUAGCUUCGCUUUUAGAACCUUUCCCAGAAUUCCUUCUGAUAAGUAAUCCUUUGAACAGAAAUCUAAAAAUGUAUUAUAGCAAACUGAAUAUAGGUUUAACAGUGUGAACUGGGUUUUUUUUCUCCCACACAACGAGGCAAAUCAUAUUUAACAUGGACCUGUCCAGGUUUUUACCUGGAUGACCUUGAAGUGGCCAUAGUCUGUAUUCAGAUUAUUUUUCUAUGCAUGUUAAAAGUUGUGCUUGGUCAUAAAUUCUGUUUUUUUACAUAGGAAAGAAAAUAAACAUUUAAAUAAUUGCCAUACCUAUUCAGUCCACUUGUCUCACAAGUGGUGUGUCAGUUAACAGCAUAUAAUGGCUACAAGAGAUUGUGAGAUGACUGGCAUGCAUUCACUGCGCCAGAUUUUAAUAAUAACACAUAUGAAGGAGAAAGGAGACAUUUAAGCGAAAAAAACACGUUACAGUUCUUUUUACAUUGACCACUACUACUCAAAGCUUAGAUAGUCACAUUACUCACAUGUUGCACAUUUAACCUCUUUCUUCUGAUAUUUUGUAUUUGUGUACUCUGUGAGACAUUGCCAUGACUGGGAACACCAGACUUGCCGUUAAGACAGCCGCUUGCUGGUCCUCUGAGGCGUUGUGGGAGUGGUUGAGUUUAGCUCCUCCCACCCUCCUUCAUCUAAACUGAACCUGUGACUGUCCUCUUUCUACAGCAGACGGGAUCUGUGUAGACACCUCUUUUUCACAUUGUUGUAGUUGGCUGAGAGCAUUGCGAGUCAUUUCUUUCCAUUCACCAAUGUUACUUCUUUUUGCAUUCAAACGUUCAGCUCUAUCCGUAUAUAUUAUUGUUUAUAAAUGCCUUAAAGAUAUAUUAUUAAAUAACUGAAUUUUAAGAGAACUGUCCAUAUUUUCAAUUGUUUUGUUUUUUUAUUGUAUUGUGAUUUUUCUGUGUGUACUUUUGUUCCUGAGCGUUUCUACAUUGUGCUGUUGACGUAUAGUCCCUGAGCUUUAUGUACUUUACGGUGAAUUUUCGAGAACCGAGAAGCAAUAUGUAAACUUAGGCUGAAGAAGCUUGCAUUUUCACAUUUUCCCAUUCUUGGAUAUUUUCACCUACUUUUUCAAAUAUAUUUUAAAAAAUAUAUAUUACCACGCAUUUAUUUUAGAAAUGGCAUAUCAAUAAAAUUUAAACUUGAUUUUUUUUUGUGCUUAGUAUAGAGCUUAUAAACGAACACUCGAACACCAUAACCACUUCAUCUCAACAAAAU